UUGAGCGGGGUAUGUGUUUAUUGGUGAUUUAUGUGGUGAUAAGCUGACUGCUGGACAAAGUUUUCCUUUAAGAUGAUGACAAGCCAACAGAUGAAUUUGUUGAGACAUGUUCCAUGUUAUUGGUCACUCUGAAGUCUCUGAUUUCCAACAGCACGCAAAGGUAGCACUGGUGGAUGAAAUUAAACACAGCUUUUCUGCUGUUUUACUUUAUGUUUUUACUCGAACAUAUGUCCACAGAGUUGAUUCUCUUUAAGAAAAAACACCCUUAUCCAGUGGUGACCCUCUCCUUAGACGGGCCUGGUUUAGUGAGCGUGUUUGUGCAUUAUUCAAAGCGCGCUGCGCAUCACAGAGCUAAUUAGGAUUUCAGUAUAAAUAAGGCCGCAGACGGGACAGCUCGGCCUGUCCUGCCGCUGAUGUCGGAGAGCUGAAGAUAUAGUUAGAGGUUAAAACGCUUCCAAAACCUGCAGGCUGCUCCAUCAUGCUCUGACCCGCCGUACGGAUGGGACUCUUCUCAAACCGGACCUAUUCGGAGCAAUCCCUCAGAUUUCACGCGUUACCACACUGACUCUUCGGUUCAGAAACAUCAAGCGAGAAGAUUUGAUGUUUGGGAGGACUUUUUAAUGGCACUCGGCCCGAGCUAGACAGGCUGCUGCUGCUGCUACCUUUAUGGGACGGUGAAGGUGUCUAUUUUUCCUUUCCUUUAAGCUGGCAUCCAGACUCCUGCAGCUCCAGCGGGGAAACAGCUCUCCUCUCCGGGUUGUUUUGGUUACCGAUGGAGGGAAGGCGACGUGUUUUUGGGGUAAGUGCAGAGCCAGUGACCUGCUGGAGGACACGCGUGCGUCCGUCAGCUAGACGAGGUGAACAACUGAAUUACUGCUUUAUUAUCAUCUGAGUGCUUUUAAAGUGUGGCUGUGUUGCGUUUUGUGUCUUAUAUUGUGUCAUAUUUUGGGUGUAUGUUUGAUGCACAUAGGGGUUUGUAGUUUCUCUUUAUUUAUAUCGUAUAAAUUCACCAUAGGAUUAGGCUGUUUGUGUUGUGGAUGCGCGCAAAGCCUCUUGGAUUUUGCCAUGCAUGAAAACCCUUUGAUAUCAAAGGAAUAAUCCCUAACAUCUGCGUGAUCUUCCCACAGAAAUUCAAACACGGAUAUGGUUUGUGAUCAUUUAAGCCUUUAAAGUUGGAGUUAUACAAAUGCAGGUCUGUCAAAACGCUCCUGAAUUGAUGAUAAGCCCACAACAUCCCUUACAUGACUUUUGCAAUUUGAUCUUCCGUGUUGCAUUCAAGAUCCAAACACCAGUGUGUUGUGCAGCUCCAUUCAGCUGAUCGUUAGCGCGAUCUCUGUUAUGGUCGUCGCCGUCAUUAUGAGCGCGCGUCUUUGGCUGCAGAUCUCGGUUAGUGUUUUUUUUUUUUUUUUUUUUUUUUUUUGGAGGGGGGGGCUUAUGAUGCCACGUGAACAAGCGACAAAAACACAGUGAAAGGAUGGAUUUCAUAACGCUCACGCGCACAGACUGGUUGCACCUUUGAGGGAAGCUGCGGUGUGUAAAUGUUGUGUUUACAUGUUUCCUUUGGUGAAGCAACACUUGAGUUUAAAGGUAUUACAACAUAACGGUGCUGAAUGAUUUUCUUUAUGCGAGCAGCAAAAUAAAGAAGCACAUGAAUUGUUGUUAAUGUAGUUUUCAGGCUGAGGCGCGUGCCCGGCAUCAGGACAGCAAAGGUAGAAUGAGGUUAGGGGUACCAGCUAUAAAAUCUAUAUUUCCUCGAAAGGGUUAAACACCUUUUUUUUUUUUUUAAUGUCAUCAGACGGAAAAACAUUUCAGUCGUGGAUGUGUUCAGUGUCAAGAUGAUGCAAUGCUGACACUCAAACAGUGCAGCAGCAGCAGAAGGAGGAGGUGGUGGUGGAGGAGGUGGGGGUGAUCCGCUGCUCCUAAUGUUUGUUUUUCAGUAUUUAAAAAAGAAAUAAGCUCAUUCUUUCACCACAGAGCUCAGGGAAAAAAAGUAACCGAGGAUUGCAUUGAUCUUUUUCUAAAAUUGACAGACAGGGUCGCGCUUGUUUUGGUGCAAAAUCUCUGAGUUGUUGGCUGUGUUUCAGGAAAAAAUUAAUCCUUCGUGGUUCCUUCUCCUGCCUUAUUUUGACAUUUUAUGCUUUCAAGUGUUCCUACACCCAUAAUACGAUGGUGAGGGUUACAUUUAGCCGUGUUUGAAUUCAUCUCAAAGCCUCUGAUUUGAACCCCGUAUGCUCCUGAAAGAAGACAGGUAAACCUCAAAUUAGCCCAAAUAAUCAUUUAUCUGUUAAUUUGAGUUAAAGUUGAGCAGACAUCCAAGAGAAAUAUUUUUGUUCAAUACACAGAGCUACAGGUGGGACAAAAACACAACAAACAGGCGAUGUCAUAAUUUUCAUGUCAGAAAAAGCAGAGGAGGCAGAUUCAUAUUCUCAUCUUGUAUUUAUUUACACAUCCGGGUGUCUGCGCGCUCCCUCCCUCCUGCGAUGGCGCGUUCAGGCCGCAUGGGAAAUAAUCUCUCCAGCAUAACAAAGCAAUAACAUUUCAGAGAUGACUUAUUAUUACCUUUUCUGUGACUUUGAAUCCAUAAUUUGCUACUUUGUAAGGCUUGGAUGCAGACACUGUAUAUGUAAAGUUUUUAAACAGACUAAAAUUAUCAGGAAAAUUAGUGCUUUAAGGAGCUUGAAAAUAGUUUGACAUGUAUCUUGAAUUCUUUCUUUCUUCUUCUUCAAUGUCCAAAGCCAACAGCUCAAACCUGGAUUAGAUUUUUUGUUUUCUUUUUUUCCUCUGUGCAAGGAGAACCGGGGGGGGGGGGGGGGGGGGGGGGGGGGGGGGUGGGGGGGUGUUCAUUCAUAUAAUGCACAAAAGAGUCACUGUUGUGGUGUCAUGAACAGAGAAAUAACUGAACUGAAAACACAGCCCUGAGCUACACAAACUCUAAAGUAAGCUCUCCAAUGAAUCCUGAGGUUGGAAAAAAAAUGUUGCUAUUUAUAGUAGAAAAUAGCCUCAAUAUAAAGAGAGACAAAUGGCCCUGUGAAAGAAAUUUAAUAAACAGAUAUUGGUCAAAAAAAUUUGGACCAACCACAUAAUGAUAUAGAACCAACCACAGAAUCUAAUAUUUACGUUGUGAUACAUCAAGAACGUAUUUGUCUUGCUUAAAUCUAUGCGUAACCUACAAUAUGCCACUCCAGAGCAACAGAGCUAACCAUUGAUAAAAAUUAAAUAAUUGUGGGAACUACACCAAGGGAGAAUAUAUAAAAUUAUAUUAAGACAGAAUUUAAAAAAUCUAGAUAAAAAUAUAUAUUUUAUUACCGAGUUAUUUCAACUCAUAACCUGAUUUCCAUCUUUCCCACGGGAGCCUGAAGGCAACGCUGCCACCCGUUGGCCGGCCUGCCUGUCAAUCCCAGGUCCAUCUCCCUCCCACGUGGUGACGUUUCCGUACCAAAGUAACGAGGCCAGUCCAUUACGCACACAAAAGACACAACAAAAGCCCGUGUUGGGAAAAAUGAGAACCGUCAGCACCCAAAGGACACAACAAUAAGUUCCCAUCUGGUAGCAUCACCCAUGGACCAGAGCCGGGGACGACGACAAUCAUUAAUUUAACUCUAAAAAACAAAAACAUCUCUCUUUCUCCAGCAGGCAGUUUUCCACCAAGCUGCGUUCUGCUCAGAUCUGACCCAGGUGGUGAGUACAGCAGCAGGGCAAUGUUUACCUCCAAACAAAGAUCCGAAAUGUUGUUCGAAAAGCUGCAAACGUGGUUCUGGUGUCGUGCUGGAUUCACAGACUGUAGAAGGCACGGGGAAAACUAACAUUGAAAAAGCAGCCAGCACAGCGACACUGUUGCACUUGAGCUGGCGUCGUGCUCUUUGUUGAGGAUAAACACGUUUUGAGGAAAGGAUGGAGGAGAGAGACAGCAGUGACAGACACUGUUUUAAGAUGUCAGGGGAUAAUCUACGUGUUUGGAAUAGACAAAUGUCUGUAAAACGCAUGUUGUUUUGUGAGAAUACUGCUUUUUUGGCUGGAUUCAGUGGAGUCCUUUGUCUGGACACUCUUCUUCCUGUUAGUGGUUACCAGAGACGCACGGUGUGCUGCCUCUUUGUUUUCACUUUGCUCAGUUUGAACAUCAGCUGUUCCUGCCGUGUUACCUGUCCACUCGACUAUUGUCACCUUAAUAUGAAGCUUUUCUUAACAAAACCUCUGAAAUAUCGUCGUUUAAAGCAAAAAUGUUAAGCUGUUACCAGGUGCUGGAGAAAUCUCAAACAAAGAGACAUCAACUUAAGAUCUAGGAAUGAACUUUUCAGCCCUAAAUUAGCAGUUUGAAAGUGUUUUUCAGAUAGUAUGUGUAGAGAAAGGGAUAAAAACUGGUUACAUAAAACUAAAAAGUGAUUUCAGUGAAGACCAUGUGCUGUCAGAUGCCAUAACUUGUCAUUGCAUGACACCUAAACAUGUUGAAACAGCUCAGACAAAUGUUUUCUUGUCCUUAUUUGGCUUUAAUAAGUACACGAUCAAAGUGUGCGUCAUGUCUUGCUUUAAGAGUGUGUGCGUGUGUGUGUGUGUGCGUGCGCGCAUGGGGGGGGGGGGGGGGUUAAAUGCAAAUGACAGCAUGCUAUUGUCUGUUUGCAUGUGUGUGUGUGAAUGACAGCCUCUUCUCCAAAGGGAUGCACUGCUCAAAGCUGAUUUAAUCACUUCUGUUGAUGAUGCUGAGAGUGACACACAUACUUGUGCGUGUGUGUCUGUAAGUGUGUGUUUACCUUUCCACUGUGCACAUGCAGCUGAGGUUAAACUGGGCUAAUUCAGAGAGGGGAUUUUGUCUUUUUCAUGCAGGGAUUAAACCUGGCGCACCUGUCCAGAUUAUACAGCAUGUAUGUAAAUAUGGCUCUUCUGGGGCCACAGGGUUGAGCUGCCUGUUGUCACCUCUGCACCCUCCAAGCCGUGUAAGAGUGUGUGUGUGUGUGUGUGUGCCUGUUUGAGUGUAUGCGGAUACAUAUAUGUGUGUGUGUGUUUGCAAAGCAGCCAUGCGUCACGUCACGGCUGCUUCCUGUUGAGUCGCGGAAGCUCCUUUGUUUUCUCGUCUGGCUGCUGGCUGCUGUCUCGGCGCUGCUCUUCCUGUUGCAGCACAUUGAGCUCGACUGGAAACUUCUGGAGCCGCUGAAGCUGCUUUUCUUUGUUUUGUCACUCUCAGGGAUGCAGCAGGCUUGUUGUUAUUUUGUGACAAGGUGCAAUCCUUUGUUCAAGUGUGUUGCUGGUAACACUGGCUGCUGAGCCUGUGGGUAUUUCUAGAGAAUGUAUUUCUUUUGGACAAAGAGGCUCAUUUUUCAGGGACAACAGGUAGUUUUUCCCUGUUCAGAAGAUAAAACUGAAACCCUUUCCUUUGUCUGAGGAUGUAAAUACUCUUUCAAUAAAGUUUAAGACUGCAAAUUAUGGCUGUCACAGUAAGAUUGUGUUAAUAACCUCCAAAUCAAGCUCAUCUCUGUCUAUUUGACACUGAAAUGUUGACUCUUGCACCCGCAUUUGUGUCUAAAUUAUCUGUACAUGAAGAAAAGAUCACUAUCAACCCUCAAAAUAGCAUGUUUUAGGAUAUGUAAAACUACACCACUGAAGUUGUGCAUAGGAUAAACUGCUCCACCUAUAGGCUGCUUAAUUUCUAUCAAUAAUAAAGGACACAAGACGUCAUAGUCCCGCCCACACCACUUGACUGACAGGCGAUCCAUAGCAACAGCACAACCAUUCAUCUGCUGUCAUUGGUGGAAAAACUCAUAAGGUGCUUCUUUUAAAAAGGUAAACAAAUGAGUUCUUGCAUGGAGAUAAGCUGAAGUUCAAUAUUGACACAUACUAGUACACUGACAUUGAGAGGUGUAACUGCUGUGUAGCGAACUGAACCAACUAACAAAGUUAAUCAUGCAAACGCCUGUGUAAAGUAAAGAUUAAGAAGGUUAUGUGGAGAAGAGUCAAUAUAACUUGUCACUUUUUGAAACUUAAGGUGUUUUGUAAUUAACAGAAAAAGGGCAAACAUCUUCAUACAGUGAGAUAAGAUAUUCACACACACUAUGAAGCUAUGAAGGCCUUCUAGCUUUAAGGCCAUUACUGUGCCGGUCAGGAGGGUGAGUUAUAAAUAUUCCUGCUCAACAAAGACAUCUUUUUUUAUUACACAACCAUAUUAAAGUUAGCUGAACUGAUGUGAAACUUUUUAACUACUAAAGUGCCAUGUGUAUUUUGAUCCCAUCCCAUUAAAAGCAGCUGAAACAUAUCUGCAUGUAUGUAAAAGCUUUUCAAGGUAAAAACUAAACCUAAAUCAGGAGAAAUGUAUGUGUUUAUUUUAAGUAUGUGAACAUUAAAUGACUAAAAUACCUCAGUGUGUUCCUUCUACUUUCUAACCCUCUGCAUAUUUCAGCGUUUUAGCUUUAGCUGAUCUUAUUAUAGAACCUCUUGGUUUUUUAAUGGCUUGUUUCAAUAACUUUUUAAUGCCCUCUUGUAAUGCGUCUCAUUUGUCCUUUAUCUUUAUCUUUUGUGUCUUGUGUGAAGCACUUUAAAUUGCCUGAUUGCUGUAAUGUGCUUCACUAAUAAAUGGCCUUGCCCUGCCAAAUGAUGCACGAGUGUUUGCCAACACUUUCGCUGCACUGUUCAGCCUUAGCAGGGCCUGUGGUAGGUCAACCCCUGAGAAACCUGAAAAAUCAAUUAAAGCAACUUAAUCAGUCAAUCAAUUUUAAUGCAUGCUGCAGUUUUUGCUCAGUGUGGUGCUCGUCAAAGGGAUAAGCCAAUAAAAAGACAGUUAAGAUGUGAAGGAUUUAUUAGCGUCAGAGCUAGGAUUGAACACAGUAUAAAGUAGAUAAAGGCAAUAAGGUUAAAAACAGACAAGAGGCAGUAAAAUAGUUCAAAACAGGUAGAGUUAAACGGCUUUUAAAGGUAGCCUACUGUACUUAAGAGACUGUGGAGUAACUUGAUUAAAUCAGACAAGAUCAAAUCACUUUUAACUUAAUUCGAACAGUGCCUUUUCAACAAGAGGUACACAAAGACAGGAAAAUUGAUCCCUACUCAUGAACCAACACAACAGUAACAAACCACAGAAAAACAAAGUGUAACAGGCAAACAAACCUCUGCAGCCUCAAACCCCAGAGUCCACUUAAAGCCACCAAACAGCCAUCAACUCUGAGCGCAGAGAGCAACAGGAACAACACCAGUGUGAAAUAUUUCCUCUGACAGCUGAGCCUUUUAGUUCCCGCUCGCUGUAAACCACCAACACAAACACACAAAUAAAAUGAUUAAUUAGGAUAAUUCAGCUGGGGAGAGAAAUGAAGGGGUUGUUAAAGGCAGCAAUGAGACAAAGACAGACAUGUAGAAAUGAAGCAGAUAGAUGUGAUAUUUGUAAUAGGAACAAUGGAGUUUAUAAGAGAUCCAUUUGCAUAUAGCUCUUUAUGUACAGCAGUGCAGUAGAGUAGGUGUGCACUCUGCUGAAUUUCUGUGCUGGUGUUACACCUGCACAGUUGUUAUUGUCAAUCACAGCCUCUUUUGAAAAGGUUGCAUAUUCAUUGUGUCUUGUCUGCAUUGUGUCAUCACCCGUUCUGGUCUGUCCUGUAUAUGAACUGAGCCGGUAUGCAUUUGUUACUGUAGAGCUGGAUCUCCGGCAGGCCUGCCACAUUCAUCUCAGCCUGUCAGGAGAUAUUUUUGGACUUUUUAUACAGUUAUAAUCUCUGAUUUCCCCUUCCGCUCUUUUCCUUUUGUUAGUGUGAACUUUAAGAUGAUUUUAGCCUUUAUAACUGGAGUCUUGUUAUUGAUGUGGGGUAUUUUUGAAGUUUUGUUCAUGGUUUCUGUCUAAAAGCGGUCCUGUGAUGGGACAGAUUAUACACAAACCCUGAAGUUCAAACCAAGACAAACAGCAGAGUUAUUAGUCUCACCGUCUGUUUUCAACUUAUAUUAACAAUUUACAGACUCAUAUCAUGGAUCACUCACUGACCUGCUGGACUUUCUGCAGCUGUGAGUUUCCCUGAAUGGAGCAAUUGAGGAGCUCUAACUUUUAGUUUUACCUCCAACGGUGUGGUUUGGAUCAAGUGACUCAGCUGUUGGUUUGUUUACAACUCAUCCCGUUGUCAAAACAGUCCUGAUACUCACUGAGGCCAACUUUGUCUGUGUGAUGUAACCAAAUAAAUAAAAAAAAAGAUCAAGAAUAAACGGUGGAAAGUUCAUAAAAAACAGAUUUUUUUUAGAAUAAUAUCCACAAACUAACUGCUGAACACAAUGAGUUUUUAUUCAGACGCUGGUUUACAUCAAUUAGGAUCAUAUCUUUAAGCGAUUAAAAGCAGAUUUACGAGACAUGAACUGAGAUUGUAAAAAACACUGAAUGGAAACUUUUGUCACAAGUUGGCGAGAAAAUUUGGGAAAAUGAAAGAAACAGAUCAAUCUCUGGGUCUUUGUGACUUCUUUUCAGGAUCCUCCUGACGGGAAAACAAUAAACAGGUUUUAGCUGAGCUUCAGUUAUCUGCUCCUGUAUCCAUUCAAAACCAACUCUUGUCAUAAACUGAAUGAUAAAGCUUUGAAAAAUGUCAAUGUGGUUUUGUUUGGCAUCUCAUAAAUAUAAGUUGCAUCAGCACUCAGCCAUGUUGGUAGUCAACAACAUGCCAUUGUAAUCACAUAAUAGAUCACUGUAAUCAAAUGAUUGCUCAAGCUAACGAGAUGUGUUUAUGUUGGAAAUGCAAUCAAGAUCAUGAGCUCUAAAAAUAGGACAUAUGGAGCAUGUGCCUCACCAUAUCUCCUCCCUCUCCUUCUCCUCCCCCCCUGCAGGUUUGAUUUUCUCCUGUGGUGUCUGUGUGGAGCGUGCCACACACCCACUCCACAACAACGACGGCUUUUGCUUGCAUCUUCCAGUGUUUCUUCUGUCAGCAAGUCCAGCAGAGCUGCAACUCUUCCAGUGCCAGCCCUGACACCAGCGAGGAGCCCUGCCCCACUGACAUGGUGAAGAUGACCAAGUCGAAGACCUUCCAGGCUUACCUGCCCUCCUGCCAUCGCACCUACAGCUGCAUCCACUGCCGGGCGCACCUGGCCAACCACGACGAGCUCAUCUCAAAGGUACGACGUUGACAGAUGCACACCAGUUCACAGCUCUUCCAGUCUUUCCUGUCCUUCACUUCUGACACCCUGCAGCGUUUCACGUGCUCUUCAAUGUGUCUGUCUUUAUUUAUAUACAUGAAAAAGGCUACAGGGCACUUUGUAGUUAUGUCAUAAAUCUCCUGGCAGCUAUGUCAGUUGACAUCAAGAAGGUCAAGGAGAAAAGUAAUAUGUAAAUGUGAAAGAUCCGCAAAAUGGUAGAAUAAAAUUGUAGCUGUAACAAACCAUUUAUAAGAUUAAAGUCAAGAGGAGAAAUUUGCGUUACUGCAAACUUGUAAAUGUAAUAAACUGUGUUAGCAUCCAGGCUAGCUCUCUAAAGCCAGUCCACAUAUUCUUUGUCAUAAUAACGCCCGAAUAUUUCCUGUUUAAAAGCCCUUUUAAUGUAUUUUUAGGAGUUUUAAGCACAUUAGCAAUUAGAUCACCAAUUUAAGCCAUCUAGUUUAACAGCUAAUCCUUCAACUCACCACAUAAUCCAACUUCUUGUACCUUAUUUUGUGUGAGCCGAGGCCGUUUUGGCAAACUAUGUUGUCUUUAAAGAUUAAAUGCAGUAUAUAUAAGUUCCUGUUUUAAGCUUCAGCCUGAUCAGCAACCUUGUUUAGCUGAUAUAUUCUCUAAUAUUUAACUGCCACAGGCAAAUUUUUCUAUUUCAAGCUGAAUAAAUUGUGUACAAUAGAUUUUAUUUUCUUAAGACAGAGAGUAAUGUAUCCUAAAACUCAAUGAUUAAAUACAAGACACUAUGAAUCUAAAACUCAAUGAGUAAAUAUAAAACACUAUGAAUCUUAUUAGAGCCACAGAUCUGACUUAUAGUGUUACAAGGUUUUCUUUCUACCAGCUACACCCUCUUCAUUCAAAAUAAACAUCUGAUUCAGUGCUGAUAACAGAAAUAUUGAUCGAUGCAGCUUUGAGAUAAAUGGUUUAUGAGUACGGUCGGAAGAAAACACACAAACACAAGCUGUCAUCGCCUGAGUUUGUCAGCUAUUCCAUGAAACUUUUAUGGGCCUGUGAAGGUUUAUCCAGCCUCUCAUUAUUCAGAUCGGCUCUUGAUACAUUCGCAGACACCUCUGGAUGUGAAAGUGAUUAUCUUCGUCUCAUUAAUCAUGUGUUGGGCGACAUUAUAAGCCAUGAUGAUCAAAUUUGACAGUGUCUGGGUAAUAUUUGGAAAUGAAUAAAUCUGUGCUUAGCCUAACCGUGGGUUUUACUCAGCGGAGACUCUGCAGUGAUUGAGUGUUUCUCUCUAGUAUUAGUCCUAGCAAAUGGCACUUUGCCUCGACAGCAGUGUGAUUUUAUGAUACGCAUACCUGCCUUAUUUCACCUCUAAAACUCCUGUACCUGUCUGCUUUCAAGUCUGGGGUUUAUUAAAUUCUCAAAAGACUCACGCGACAGCCGCAGUCAGCGUUCUCACUGAUGAUGCUUCUGCUGCGCACAAAGGAGGCGGUCAGUCCUUUAAAGCGUGGCUGCCUUCGCUAUUUUUGUUUCCUGUCUUUGUUUUUAAACCACAUUUGAAAAUGUGAAAGCACUGCUGCAGCUGACCGCAGCGUCAGAGGGUUUAUUUACAAAAUAUGACACGAAAAAUCAUGACAGUCUUGUUUCAGAUCUCCCUCACAGCCCACGUGUUUCCUUUAGUGUGUGUGUGUUUUGGUUUGCCAUACAGUUAUCUAUAGGUACCAAAUACAACUCAGUUUAGAGGCAAGGAGUGUCUUCAGUGUCUUGUUGUUCCACUAUACGAUAAUGCAUAAAUAUAUGCUCCAAUGCAUCAUGCAGGAUUUUUAAAACCCUUCUCAUUGUCUAGAAAAUCAUGAAUUUGUCCAUUAAAUCAAAGGAUUUAGUCCUUUACUCUUAUAUUCUCUGUAUAUGUUUAUUCUAGACACACACAUCAGUAUCAGAAAGAAAAUUAUAUAACAAGUCAAUAAAAUAAUGAGAAGAAGAGUUGCGAGAAGUCAAAUGAGGGACAUUAACGCUGAAAAAAAGUUUGGUGUUUCAUUGAAUUAAAUCACCUGAAACUUAAAGCUACUGUAAGUAACUCUUGAGUUUGUGUCAACAUUAGUGCCCCCUUGUGGACAGUCACCUACAUAUCCAAGUAGUGUCUUCUGAUAUAGAAAUCUCACUUUUGACAGUCAAAUGCAUUGUUGAGUAGGAUUAUUUUCUCUUCUGACACCUCCCCCCUCGCACAGUUUUCAGGUAUUAAAAAUUAGGAUAUAUGAAUCGUCAGUCUCAUUCCUGAUGGUUUUGUCUGCUUUUGUUUACCAUAAAGUAGCGUCCUUUUAAAGUUCAGGCUGUUUCCAAACUUCCAACUUUACAAAAAAAAAACCUUACUUGAGCGUCAAACUGUGUUUUAAGUUUCUGUUCCCUUUGCCGUUCCGAGUUGAAAUUACUCUCAAAAAGCAGCUUGCUCUGAGGAAAAACACGUGUUAUGACUUGUUUUAUGAUCAGAGGAUCACUGUGGUGAAUAAUUCUAAGGCUCCACGUCUCCUUCGAAUGUAAACACUCCAGAAAAAAUGUCAUCAUCAUCAUCGUUACCAUCUGCACCAAUAAUCCCUCGCCGGCUGUGCAGGAACAUUUCUGGAUUCACAGAAAAUAUGGCGUGUGACUUAUUUAAUGCAGUGCUGCUGUCAGGCGGCUGACAGAGAUAUUUGUGACCUGAAGUGACUUCAGAUGACAUCAAAAGGUUUUGGCAGCACUCAUGUGGAUUUAGAUGAGUUCUCCUUAAAUGAAUAUUCCAUGAUAAUGUCUUAAAAGGCAUACUGGAGCUUAAAAGGCAUCAGAAAAGAGUUGGAAUACUUUUAUGAACAAUCCUUAAGAUUGACCUCUUAUUUAAAACCUCUAUUCCGAAGUAAUGCUUCACGUUCAAUAAUGCAGACAUUUAGAAAGCCGCAAGAGAAAUAAAAAAGUGGAAAAGAGUCACUUCUCAUUUGUGGCGCUGCUGUUAAGUGUCCCAUUGUGACUCGCUUCAGCGUUUAAGUUCAUUGUCGUUCACUUUCAGACUUUGCUUUGAGAAAAAAAUGAAGCGAGCCAUAUUUUUGCAAAUGAAUACCAAUGCAGGACUAAGUUAUAAAAACUGAUGUUUCAAAAGAGAAAAUGCAACUAUGGUCCAUAAAGAACAAUUUUUCUACAGGACCUUAAAGUCGUAGUGCUUGCAAAACUUUUAUAUCCAGCUAUCACUCACCAAUACAGGCCUCAACUCCACCAGAAAGGCCCAAACAUGAUAAAAGAGUGGCUGUGUCAGCAGAGAGCUGCUGUUGGGUGAGGGUGUAACUCUGUCAGGAGCUUUUCUAUACCCUCAUACAGAGGGAGACGAGCCUGAACUCUGAUUCUGUUCAACUAUUCUUCUUUUAAUUUGAGCAAAAUGGACAUGUAGGUUAUUUAGGGUGUGAGUGAUAGAGAAGUCCUUGUUGUAGAAAAGUCCUAUGUAUACCACUUUUAGCAGCUGUUUUUCCACUGUCAGAUUGUGGUCGAGGUAGCUGCAAUACCUCAUUCAGCCACUACCCCACAAACCCUGCACAGCCUGCUGUUGUUCCUGGAGGCUCUUCAGCCAGGUGUUUUGAUCCGCCAAUCAGGAAGUUUAAUUUUUGACGCAGCAAAUCGUUACUCAAUGCAGAAUGAUUUAUUUAGCUUGACUUGAUAUGUAUGCUUUUGUUUUUGAAAAACACUAAUCUUAUUUAAUAAAUUCUUAUUAUGAAUGGUGCUCUGUAUUGGACUUUUUGCAGGUAUAUACAAACUGUUUUUCACUCCCCUCCUAUACCAGAAUUGACCUUGUACUCUUAUCGUGAAAGUCAGUUUUUAUAAGAAAUAAACAUCAAACAAUGCAAACAAGAGCGUACCAUAAAGGGUUAUUCCCUCUUUUUUAUGUGAAGACAUCUAGAGAAAUGUCCUCUGUCUACUUCUGACACUCUAAAUUACUUCCAUGCAGUUGACAUGCUGUCAUGUGUGUACAUAAUUACUGCACCAUCUUAUCAAACAUAACAAAUUGGCAGAAAUUGUAACACAGUAUGUGCUGAUACCAAAGAUAACCCUCUUAAGUUUCUCAUCUGCCAUGUUCAGAUAGUAUUCUACAUCACUAAUGAUCACGUGACUUCCAGUAAGGCCUUACUUUCUAUGAAGACUUCAAAGAUUUGUCACAUGCUCUGACAGAUAGGCGGUGAAACUACACUACUGCAAGGCCAUGCCAUAAAAACACGACAGUAUACACUCUGAAAGAUGAAUAGAUGCAGUAAAACACGAUGAUUAAAGUGUCAUAGUAAAGACAGUGUGCAAGGAAUCCUACCUCAAGUUUCUUGAAGCUUUGAACUAACUUUAUUUUUGAAGUUUAUGUCCUGGCCAAACUUGGGUGAGGAACUUUAAGGCUAAUGCUUUUUAAACUCAUACUUCUGGGGUCAUAAAUGCCUCUUGUGUGAUUUAUGUCAGACGUUUACAAAAAGGAUUAGAGUUGUACCUUUUGGGCUUUACUGUGCUUUUAUUUUAUUCAUUAAGGUUGCAAGGCAACCAAAAUAAUCCACAUACUUUUAUUGUUUAUGCCUUGAAGUCGAGGUGCCACCACUUUUUUAUUAGAGCACCACCUAAGCAUGAGUUUAUCAUGAACGUUUAGUGACAUUGCCCUCCUAGAUGUUUGCCAUGAAUCUAUAAAACGCUUGAAGCAGGUGUUUGAAAUAGUUAUAAAUGUGCCUGUUUUUCCUCUCUUAUAAUAAAGUUGAUGAAUUUGCACUUGAAGGUGUUUCUUGAAAUGAAAAGCAUACAAGAACUGCAGGUUUUUUCCAUCAUCACAUUUCUUCCAGUACAAAGCUGCUUGUCAUAAACCAGCACUACAUUUUUAACUUUAGAGUGAAAUUUCUGCUUAUGAACAGCUUCUGAGAGAUGUUGGCAUCCUGCUUGUGAACCUUCUGCAUCCUGUGGUCUGUGGUAGUUUUUCGUUCCAGCAGAGGCAAAUGAACAAAAAAGCAACAUUAACAACUCCAUUUGCAGUCCAAUCCCACAGCAGGGCGGCAUUUUCCUAAUAUAAAAUUGUCUUGUUUUUGGUCAUGAAUGUGUCCUUGCUGCAUCUUCUGGUUUCUCUUAAAGCACGACUGUGUCCACAAAUGGGAUUUCUGGGUAUUGAAGUCCAAUUGUCCAAACAGUUGCUGACAUUUUGAGCCUCAGAAUCAUACAGCGCUGCCAGACUGCUGCUUUAAUCGACAGCUGCUGAGCAAAGAGUGAGCGAAGUUUCCGUAUUAUCAGAUGACCCGGAGCCGCAGCGACCUUUCUGUGUCAUAAUAACACAGUGACUGCGCGCUCCCCGUGCACUGCAUUCUCACCACACACUAAGCUGAUUAUUCAAAUGGCAAAGAUGAUCAAUCUGCUCCGCUCGGCAUCUCCAUGUCCAAAUGCAUCUCCCUCCUGCUGCGCAGAGUUUUGGAAGCUCACAGCUUGUUAGUGCAAGCAGGAAGGAGAGCUCGGUAAACAGACAAUGCUGUUCCUCUGCAGCCUCAAGAUGGUAAUUUUGUUGCUGUGAAGUCUGCACAACAAGGACUUCACAGGGUUUUAAUUGUUAAACACUGUCAUAAAUCACACUGAUGUGACUCUGGCUGAAGAGAGGGACUGUCCUUGUUCAUCUUCACCUCACUUAACACGUCCACACUCAUGUUGGGAUGUGAAGAUUUAUUGUCACUGCAAUCUCUGUGACGAGGCAGAACGAGGUGUUUUAUGAUGAAAGUUUUGGAUGCUGUGGGGUUUUAUUGGCUCCUGCUGCUUUGGAAGUAAAAACGCUGCAGCAGCAGGUUUUACCUGGAAGCAAAGGAGGGAAAAUGGAAAAGGAAAGAAGUCUGUCAAAAGGAGAUAAUGCAAAUAUCUGUAGAGCAGAGGAAAAGAGACCUGCAUAAACACUAGCACAGAGGAUACACUUGGUUCGAGCUUGAAGUUUCAGACGGAGUGUUAGUAUUGUUUUGUUUCACUCUCUGUGAUUCACAUCCUCUUUUGCUGCAGACAGAAAGUUCACCAGUUUGACACUUGACAUAGAUAAGGAAGGACAAUAAUAGAGAGCGAGGAAACACCAGCAGUGACAGUAAUAAAACUUAUAUAACAGAGUUCAAACAAAGAAUGUGUCCAAAAGUGUCUUCAGAAAAGAGGAUCUCUAACGUCUGAGUGAGCAUGCAAUUAAAUACAGAGACAGGUAUAAAACCAGUCUAGGUGUCAGUGGAGGAGAUUUUAAUUUGACUGACUCAGAGUCACUGGAAAAAGAAGAGGUGAAAUUGUUAAGAGUUAUUUUAAAAUGACACAAAAGGAGUUUGAGAGAGAAAAGAAACAUUUGAAAUUGUAAUAAAAUGCAAAUGUAAUAGAUUUUUUAGACUCUCCCCACUGGUAUUCUUGAGCUAUUUUAGUUUUAUGACUUAAUAUUUGAAGGAACAGAGUGUAGCGGCAUUUAGCCGAACAUGCUUGGAAGAAAUAGAAUAUAAUAUUCAUAAAUUUGAAUUUGAAUGAGUGUGUAAUCAGUGUCACUUAAUUAGUGACUUAGAACAAGUCUUUAUAUCUACAUAGGAGCAGGUUCCCCCCCACAGAGGCUGCUGUCUGGCUCUGCCAUGUUUCUACAGAAGUACAGAAUGGAAAAAAUUGUAAGGGCCAUUUUUAAGGGUUUGUGCCAACGGAGAUGAAGAAGAGAGAGGUAGUUGUGUAAAAAAAUUUCUUUUGAUGGUAAAAACCUCACAAAGGCAUCACAGGAGGUUUUUGUCCUUUAAGGCCACCAUCAGACGGGAGGGGUGAGCAAGAGGGGGGUUUCAAUCAAAUUUGGCCUCUGUAUAUCACUGAAUACUCCCAUUUCUAACCAGUCUACAUAUAGAGUAUUACAGAUUGAUUGAAAAAGUGUGUUUUUUCCCUCUGUCAUUUGGUGUAAAAUUCAAAUUAAAGCUCCUAUAAGGGACUUUACCGUUUCGUUACGGAUGGGGCCUUUUUUGUGGCACCUAGCCCCCUUGUCCUGAUUGCUUUCAAUCAGAAACACCCUACAGAAAUAGUCAUGGUUUUUGCUGAUUGUCUUGUUUGCCAUGAUGGACCAAAGAGAAGUUUCUUUUUUAAUUCCAGUCUGUUUUUAUAGUGGCUGAAAAUUUCAUACUGGAGCUUUUAAAUAAACUAGUUUCAUUCAGUAUCAACACAAAGCAAAGCUGGGAAGUUCACUUUUUGAGAACUUUGAGCUCAAAAUUCUGCACUUAUCUGCUGAAUAAAUGUUCAUAACCAAUCGGUGAAAGAUUGAAUUAGCCAUCAGAAGUAGUGUAUUUUUAUUUACUGCAACUUAAGCUGUGCAGAAAAGCAAAAUAACGGUUUAAAGUUUUCCUUCAAUUAGACAGAACACACUUUUAGUGCUCAUAAACACUCUGUUAUCCCACUUUCAGUAAUUACACUGUUUAAUAAUAGCCCUGGAAACAUUCAUUAACAAUCACUUGUGAUCUGGUCUCCAGUUAAAGUUUUGUGUUUAUAGUGUGUGAUAGAGAUGAAGUGAGGCAGACUGAACAGUGAAUCGUUGGACACAGUUUAAUCCUCAGAGCGUCUCUCCAUCACUGCAGGUUAGCAUGUUUUUGAAGUGCAACACUUCAUUUUGUCUGUCUUUUGCUUCCACAUGGCCGAGGAUGAAAAGAUGAGCAUGUCGAGAGGAAAAGAGGAAAUGUUUUUACAGAUUAUUGGCUGUGAUGCAGCCAAGUGAAGUCCAUCUGCAGUCGACAAUUAAGCCAGUGCCAAAACACCAAGUGGAGGUUAAAUGUCAGCUUGUAAAUGAGGUUUUUCUGGAAGAUUUCAGAGUCAGCUGGGAUAUAUUUGGGAAUGCUUACUGUACUGAUGACCUGUGUGCCUCAGACUCACUCUGAGAUUAGAUUUGGUGCAGAAAAUCAGAUGGUGUUUGAUGCAAAGAAGAUGCAAGUCUGAUUUUUAGGCUGCUAAACUGUUGUUACUUUGCAUAUCAAACAAAUUUAUUCUGAUUGCAGAAUCAAAAGGCUUAACGCUCUUUUGGCAACAUUGUGUUAAUUUUUCAAAACCAUUUCCACAAGGAUUGAUUUUGAACAAAACUGUUACUUCAUCACAAUUUAAAAACCCCAUUAGCAAAAAAGUUGGUACAGCUUGCAAAAUUAAAAUGCAAUAUAAAGUGGUGGUGUGAUGAGCCAAACAGGACUUUGGAUGAAACCAUUGAUGAUGCAUCCUUGCCUCACAUUCCAAACACCAGCAUCUUUGGGACAUUGCUGGACUAAUAGUCUAAGCGUCUGUCCCAUUGAUGGAGGUUACGCCUCAGGUGGGUGGGCAAAGUUAGAUUCCAGCUUGUAACUUCUCAUGUCACUUCUUGUCCUCUUUACCUGUUUCUGCUCGCUCAAUGGUAUAGAGGAUGGCACGGGUAACUUGCAAGUCUUUGAAUGUGAGGCAAAAUUUAAAGAUCAUGCGUCCUUCUCAGUUCAGGAUGUGGUUUGGCAAUGUCGUGUUGAAAUAUGCAUCCACAUGGCUCUGCAGUGGGACAGUUUGGACCCUAAACUGGCGUGCCUGCAGUGAAAAUGUUAGCUGCAUUAUGAAACUUUAAGUAUGUCAAAGUUUUCUUGAGCUGAUGAGCAGCUCAGAUCGUGUUGGUAAUCCUUGGUGUUUCCAAACACUUUGAGUGUUGUUAAAAGUAAAGGUGAUGCAACACGGUAGUAAACAUGACCCUGUGCCAACUUUUCUGAAAGGUGCUGCUGGUGUCAAAUUCAGAAUGAGCCUAUGAAUUUCUAAAGAAGACAUAUCUCAUUUUGACUGUUGAUCAUGGGUGGUUUUCAUCUAAAUGUGGUGUUUAAUAAUAAGCUAAGGUUUCUUUUUAUAAUUUAAACAGUGUUGCGACUUGUUUUAAUGGUCAUUGGAGUGCGUCUUUGCCUAUGUGAGCGUAGAUUUUGAGAUGCGUAGAGAUGCAUACAGAGUGAACUGAAUCUUUGAAAGGGUUGUCUUUGCAAAUUUAAUUUGUCCACAUGACUUCGACCACAACAAACCAAACACAGCCAGUUACAACCAGAUGCUAAUGAGUUUUGGUGUCUUAUCAAGACAGACAGCAGGAGUUAAAAAAACAACUUAUUAAGAAUAGCAAUGUGAAAAUAAUGCACCACAAGAGAGCAGGAGUUUAAUUUAUUCUUCUGCAAAUAGAAACCAUAAACCAAGCUGGGCCACUUCCCAAACAUGGCUGAUUGUUUCAACUCCCAGAGCUGCAGCUUCUGAGCAGCAGUAAAUCUAAUCCAUUCACAUCUCCCAGUUUGAAGCGCUCUGGUGUUACUGGUUUCUCAGCAUUCCUGCUCCCAGUGUCAGCUGUGAGGAGUCUCCGAAAAACAGUGUGGCGUGACUCUGAGAGAACAAACACACAAACACAACAGCCUUUAGCUUUUUCAGCCUCUCCCUCGGUGACCUGAGGAGCACCGACGCCCGGGAGCAGAAAUAUCUCGCUCUCAUCUAAUUAUCUGUCACUUAGAGAGCGACAGAUAAUAAGUCAAAGUCACACUGAAGAGGAGGAAGAAGAGUAACUUCAAGAGUAGAGGAAGAAAGCUGGAUUCUUUUGGCAUAUUUAUGUUGUCAUUUAAUAGUCCUGAGGGGGAGAAAGUGACAAAUGACAUUAAUCUGUCACCAGUGUUAGUUUUUUUUCAGGCUGGGAAUGACUUUUUAAAACAGAGCUCUUUGAUGGAUAUGAACUAAUUGCUGCUGAAUCCAAACGAGACAAUAAUAUGUAUUAUUAAAUGUCAAAGCAGACAAAUACAGACUUUAAUGAAUGUAAUAUAACAGAACCAUAUGACAUAGUACAUCGCUGUACAGAACAAUACGAUACUGAACAACACAAUACGAUACCAUACAAGACUGAGGUCAUUUCAUUUUCUACCACCCUGCUACCAAAAAAAGUCAAAAUACGACACUCUAGGGCUGGGAAAGAAACCAAAAAUUUACCGAUACCAAAAUUUACGACAGUGUCAAAAAAAAUAAAUAAAUAAAAGUUGGUUUUGGAUGUGUGUAGAUAGGCUAUGUUCUCAUGUCCCUUUAAGACACUGUCCUACGUCAGAGACGUGACUCUACCCCAUCCAGUCCGUAACAAAGAGGGAAAGACAGGUGAGGAGCUGGAGGAUGUUUCAAAAAUUGUUGCGGAUGGAGUCGCGGCUGAAGUAGAUGAAGUUAAUGUGGAAGGGGGUGAGCAGCUUGUGGAGUAGUUAUCGUCCAUUUAGCGUUAUUGAGGUGAACUGCUCAAUAUAUUGUGAUAUUGAUUUGAGGCCAUAUCACCCAGCCCUACAACAUUCUUUUUGGAAACCAUGGUCUCUAUGUCCUCUGCUCGAGUAGAGGAGAGGGACCAUCCAGCUUGUUAUCAUAACAAAGUUCAAGAGCCGGCGCUGAAUCCCAAUUAGAAGUGUAAAAAUGCGUGAGGUGGUUAGAAAGACUGGAAAACAAGACCAUAGGUAACUGUGGCGCGGAAAACUGUAUUAUCCUGCAGAAAGCUAAACUAGAACCACAUUGACUGGUGAGCAGCCAUCCUCCUUUGUUUCAUGGCUCUUCUUUUCUAUCAUUGCGUGUUGCUGAAACUGUUAUCCACGCAUCUGUAACUUUUUAACUUGAUUAUUUAAAGGUCCUCUUCUCUGGUCUUCAUAGUUUUGCAAUGAGAAGUCUCCAGUUCGUGCAGGAUGCUGCAGCAAAAAUUAGAAAACAUGACAACUGCUGGGCUGGAAUUUCACUGUUCAAACUCCACAGCAGCUUGGUAACCAGUGCUGCAGCCACCGUGUGUCUGUUUGUGUUGACUUCAGGAUUCCCCAAGUGUAAUUGGCUCUGUUGGCCUUUGGGGAAGUUUAGGUAAAUGUCUCACCUCUCUGCAACUUUUGUCUUUGUUUCUGUGUCUCAGACCAGCUUCACCCGACAUAAACACAUCAGUCUGGACAGCUUGGACAGAUUCGUACUCUUUGAAAAGGUCUCAUGAGGUAUCACUAUCGCUUUAAGGGGGAAAUUGGAAACGCUUUCCGCUCAAAAAUGACAGGAGCUGCUAUUCAUCGUGUAGAGUGUGUAUUCAUAUUAUCUGGAUGUUUUUGGGGUUUUUUAACUCGGGGAAAUUUGUCGUUUUAUCAAAUGUAGUGGUGUAUUUCAUCAAGCUGACAGUCCCGUUGGAAAAACAGAUAAUGUGUCAGUGAGUAAGAAGAGAAGUGAGCAAAAUGUUCAAGAUUUUCAGAUUAUUGUGUUUGGGUUCAUGUCAAGUAUUAAGAUUUUAGAUUAAAUGUGGUAAAGAGCAUUUUUUAUGCCCAAGUUCUAGCUACUCAAGGAAUUUGCUGACUACUGUGAUUGAAGACUUUGACACACUGAAUACAUUUGUUUUUGGGCCAACUGGUUCGACAACUUUGCGGUUACCUGGUUAGUGUUUCCUUGUUUAUUGGAUCGAUGCCAUGAGGUGACUCCCGGCAAACAAUCUCCUUUAAUAAUAAGUGGAUUUAAUUAAAGGAUCUUCUCUGAAGCGUCUGCCUGUCUCCUGGAGGAUUCACACAGUAAACAUCAGAUGUUUGUGGCUUUGAUACAGAAACGCGUCACGUUCCAUAACUGUCUGAUGACAUCUUAUAGGCGAUUUAUUUAACAGACUUACAGACAGGUGUGGCUCAGGUCAGGAGAUCAUAGAGUUUAUAGAGUGGUAUGAAAACUUUGCUGUUUAUUUUAACCAACAGGAUUUUGUUUCCUCGUAAUCUUAAUCGAGACUCUUUUUCCUUUAAUCCAAACCAAACAGGGACCACUUUCACAGCUGUAAUCACUGCAUAAAACAAGAGAAAAAAGACACCAAAACAUCCAAGAAAUGUGAUACUAAAAAAAAACAUAUGCCCUUCUAGAUCAGGGAAAAGCAUCUUUUAUACCAUUAAGGAUAGGAUUAUAUUGUAGUUUUUUCCAGGCUGUACUUGCACUUUUUCCCCAAUGCUAGUCAGAAGUUACUUCAACCAAAAAUGGAAAUAAAAUAAACAUAAUUGAAAGUGUUAAAAUGAAUAAACUCUUAGCAAGGGCGGAAAAAAUGAUGUCCAGAAUAAGCAAAAGUGAAAGUUGGGUCAUAAAACACAGGUGCAGUUACCACUUUUUGCCACAGGUGCCGCCAAAGAGAUGGACACCAAGAUCUGUGAAAUUGUUGGUUUAAAAGCAGGUGUGCCUUAAUUUUAGUCUUUACUAUAAUAUGUUUUUAUUUUGCUAUAUUUUCUAAUCCAAAAUAAUCUGAGUAAACUUUAUCAACUGCAGUAAUUCUACUAGUGCAUAUUGUGUCUAAAUUUAUUAUAAGGGCCUGUGUCUACUGAGAGCAUUUCUACACUGGCACAAUUAUAAGCUCUUCUUUUUUAGCACAGUUUUUUUGCUGGGAAAGUUAUCUCAAACUACUUCCAUUUCUCUUGGGUUUGACUGCUGUGUCUGUUUGAAAUUGCUCUGUAAGGACUUUCUUCCUCAUAAGGACGUUUUACAGAAGAAAAACGCUCAAAGAAGUGAGAGGAAUCAUAUCCGAGCAACAGCUUGGAGAUUGUGCCGCUUCAAAAAUAGUCAGGUUGGUUCCUCUUCUGCUGUUGUUGUUGUUGUUGUUGUUGUUGACAAAGUUUAAACAAGUCCUGCCUCAUCCUUAUCUUUACUGGUCAGAUAGGGUGACGUGAGAUUGACAAGCCCUGUGAGGUUCUUCUAGUGGACACAGGCCCUAGGACUUAGACUCUGCUUUUCACUCCUAUGAGUGUGUGACAUAUAGAGGUUUUGAACAAAUAUGUCUAACUUCUUGUUUUAUCUUCAUAAAUAUAUUCGUAAAUAUAUUUAAGUUAAAUUUGUAAUUAAAGAGGAUCCUCAAACUCAAUAGCUGUAGUCUGUGAUAAUUGAUUAUAUAAGGUCAACUGUUUAGAUAGCUGGUUGGAUACAGUAAUGUCUUGAAAUAAUUUUGACCACAUUGCUCAGGGGUGUAUUAAUAAGCUCUGUGCGCUCUGCCACGCCUGGUUAGCGUCUGUGUGUUCAGAAGUCCACAGUAGCAUCGCGGUCCUCAGCAUCAAGCCUUCUAAGCCGAUUAUGUUACUUAGGAGAAGAUGACACCGUAGUCUGGUGUUUUCCACCACACACUGCCAAGGCCACUCGCCUUGUCCACGAUUGAUUUUCAUCCCACGUGAAAAUUGUAAAAUGUUCUCCUCCAGCUCCACAUUUGUCUUUGAGUCACUUUCUUUGUGAGUUAAAAAAGGAAAAACUAGCUCAAAAAAACUACACACAGGUUUUGGAGGAGCUCUGGAGGCUCUGGCACAUUUUCUCCCACAGUUGCAGUUUUUCAAGCUGGAAGUCUCCUGAGCCAGGUGUAAAAAAAACGUCUCCUCUUCCCAAGCUCAUGCACAGAGUCUUCCAGGCAUGCCAGCCGGUGAGUGAAAGAUGCAGAUGGAGCAGCAGAAAGAGAGGAUUAACCUGAGCACAUAGGCCAGAGGGGAAGUGUGGCAGGCACGGUGCCUCCUGACUGCCCCGCCCUGCUGACCUCAAAGUCUGAACUUAAUAUGGGAGGCUUAAGGCCUCCACACGUAGGCUGGUAUUUAAAAAAAAGAGGUUUCCCUUCUUUGUCUUCAAAAAAGGUUGAAAAUGCAUGACAAACUAAAUUAGGUGGAGAUAAUGUGUAAUCAGUCUAUGACGUCAAACACUGUAGAAGAACAAUGUGUGCAUUGGUAUUGAGCAUACCUACAUUGUACACACAGAGUAGGGAAUAAACUAUUUGCCCUUGCACCUCAACACAAUGAUGAAGAACAACCAGUUUUUCCUAUAAACAUGUAAUUAAACAAAGUAGCGAGCAGAUGUCGGUCGGUAGCUUGUCAUCUUGGCAUACAUAAAUACAAUAAAUGCCAUGUGAAAGUUAAGGUCAUGACACCAGCAUUUUCUUAAACUUUCUUAAACACACAGAGAAUAAAGUAUUUAUAAAUCUUACGUUUGGAAGCGUUAAAAAGAACUCAAAUUUCAGUGGCCUAAAGCUCUAUCAGGCAAAAAUGCACAGAAAAAGACACAUUUUAGAAAAUGCCCACAUACGUGUGGACUUCGCAGAAGUUUUACUGCUGCACACCUGAGUGGAGGAUGGAAAAGUUUUCCCUUUCCUUCUAAAUUUCCUCAGAAAUUUGAACUAAUGAUGAAUAUUGUCAAGGCUUGGUGGUCUUGAUACUCCUCUGAAAAUGCUAAUAACUGUAUGGCUCUACUUUAGAUAUAGUCGAACAGCACUACAUUUGUUAUCCUGUUAACUGUUGAUUUGUCCUGUAAAUGCUGGAAAAAGGUACAUUUUUGAAAUUUUCUAAUUAUAUUCUUAUACAGCCAACAGCCUGUUGCCCUAAUCUGUCAUUGAUUAAAUGUUACAGGGCACUGGCAGUGUGAUGCAUGAUUUCUGCUAAAAGUUGAGAAAGCAUCUCUUAAAUCGCCACUAUCAUCUUUAAGUUUCAAAAUUCCUCUUGAGAAACUAUUGGAAGGUGUCACUGAGACUCAGACUACAUCUAUAGGUAGAAUUGCCAUCAUUGUUGUUAGUCUUUGUUUGUUUUGAUCUUGGUUCUGCAUUUUUCUUUUGAAAAUGCGCGUAAUAGUCCUUUAACAAAGCUGAGCACAGUCUGCAGACUAUGCUAUGUGUUCUCUAAUGUGUUGCUGGAAAGAGUUAUGUGCUUUGUUAGCUCUACUUCGAAAUUUGACAUAAUAAUGGAAAGGGACUCUUGUUGUUGCCAUGGCAACCACACAGUAAAUUUCCAAACUUGACACUUGCUCCAAAAGAAAUUGAAUUAAAUCUAUACAAAGUUUGUUCUCAAAGGACUGGGUCAGAGGACCCAGAUUUCCAUCCCCUGAGCGCUGUUGCGAGUUGAUUGCUUCAUAGUGUGGAAAGACCUCUAUGGCCCAGAAUGCACUUGGUUUAAUUAUGAUAUUAAAUAUGAGAGAGUGGGGAACAGUAAACUGGCUCUUCUGUCAAUCACAUGUAAACCAUCAGCCUGUUGGCUCCCUCCCAGCUGAAACUAGACCAAAACGGAUCAGCGACUGUUGAUGCUGAUAAAAAAAAAAAAAAAAAAAGAAAGCAGUGUGAUCAUCCAUCAGAGGGUCCUCAUCAGCCUGAUGGGUGGGCCGACGCCAAGGUGCUGAAUAAAACAGUCUUCCUCCCCUCCUCAGUAUUCAGGCGGCGUGUCGUGGCUGGAGGAGCACGUUCACACUGCAGGCCUUCACGCUCGGCUCUCUCUGCUGCUCACUGCCAGCUGAUUCAGGACGUCGCUCCUGUCUGCUGCAGGAUGUAACUCUAAAUCUGACAGAAAUAUAAAGUGACAGUGAUGCAGAGAAGAUGCCGCGUGCUCAGGAUGACAAUAACAACUGAUGCCAGAUCUGAUUUGGGGCAUGCACUUGUUGUUUUCAGCAUGUUUUGGGGUAAAACAUUGAACAGAAUUGCCACCGACUGAGAGUGUAACCUUCUCUGUAUUUAACUCUUAUGUGACACAAAACUGCAACCAAGUUUUCAAAUAGUUGUUUAGCUCGAUUUAAAAGUUGCUCACUACUUUUUGUUUGUCUAAGUAGGCUUCAUUUCCACAUCCUUAAAGCCUAAACUCUAGUGACAGUGAAAUGUCCCAUUCUUGUCUGAUGAAGGUGUUCAGCUACUCAAUAGUUCAGGGUCUCCUUUGUCUUAUUUUUUAUUUGAUGUCAUGUCAAAUGCUUCCAACAAAUGACAUGUCUGGAUUGUAGGCAGAUGAGUUUAGCACCUAGACUCUUCAUGCUGUUGUAAUACAUGCAGGAUGUGGUUUAGCAUUGUCCUAAAAAAAUGUAUUGUCUUCAGUGGAAAAUCAUAGUCUGGAUGGCAGCAUUUGUUGCUCAGUCCAUCUUACGUGGGGCUCUGACCUGAAGAAUCACUGGCGCCUCUGGAUCAUGUUUACAAAUGGCUUCUUCUUUAAAUGGCAGAGUUUAACAUGAUUUUGGAAGUGAUUUUGAGACCCAUGUGGCAACUUCCACUACAGAGUCAUGUCUGUAUGUCAUGCAGUGCUACCUGCCUCUUUUGUAUGGAGAUUUCUGCAAAUUCUCUGAAUCUUGUAAUGAUUGGACAGAGAUAAAGUUGGGGGUGACAUCCCCACAUUUUUGACCUUGUUACACUGGAGGAGAUGAUUUUUCUGUUGAGUCACGCAGUCUCUCACAGAGCGGUAAACCUCCUCCUAUCCUCACCGCAGAGAGACUCAGCCUCUCCUUAGCGCUCAGUCCUGUUGUAACCUGUUGCAAAUUGACCGAGUUAGUGGUGAGAUGUUCCCCCAGGUGUCUAUUACUAAUGACUGAUGUACUUUUAAUCAGGUUACUAUCACUGUAAGCAAAAGUUUUGACCCUCAUAUGGGAAAGUAGAUUAUUGAGUAUUUAUACACAGCUCUUCAUAUGGUAAAGAGCAAAACUUACCAAUAUAACAAAUCUCUCUCACCCAGUGAAUCAGUUGUUACAUAAUCACAGAAGACUUUGGGAACAUGUUUUUUUACACAUAGAUGCUGAUAUAUAAAGCAGUCAGACAUAAGUGACGCAGGAUGUGUGUGUCGUUGUAAGAUGUGUAAUCCUUUAAAACAGUUUUCCUCACUCUGACUGUACACUGAGCUUUUGGGUUUAUCAGGAUGCGUUUAAGUUGGUGUUGAACCCUCGGCUAACGCAGCCGGCAUCUGUUGAGACAGAUGGCAAACGACAAGUCGACCUCAGCAGGUUUGUUAAUAGCUUUAAUCUUUAUGUCACAACUCUGUCUGUGGCACACAUUUAGAAAAAAAAAAGAAAAAAGCCAAAUAAAAUCCUGGUUGUGUUUUCUGGCGAUGCAGUUUUGUCAGCCUGUGAGAACUCUCUGCUCUGUACAGAUGAAACGUUUCUGCCUCUCGGGCUGGAUUUGUAUUUUGUGUGUUUGGCUUGAAGGAGGCGGAUUUUUCUGAGCGAGGUAUUGUUUCCUUCAGUCCCGCGUGGUCAAGAGGAUUCGGGGAUUUUGAGAUUUGCUUUGUAGAAUUCAUUUCUCGGGUACAAGCGCUUUUUUAAAACUAGUGCAAUCGCGGCGGCUUAAGAAAACGAGCUGUGUAACCACACUCCUUCCAUCGCUCAUGUUUUAUUAAGCAGCUGAAACCUGUGGGAGUUCUCCCACAAUGCAUCUCUCUUGCUGCACUGUUACAUUUUGGAAAAAGCAGGAUCCUGUUGGGUUGCUAAUAGGAUUGUUGGGAGUCUGGAGGAUUUUUUGCAGCCCCCAAAAAUCAGUCAAGCUGGCGUCAGCUGUAACAAAACAUGAUCUAGUUCCUUUUGUCUUUUUGGAACAUGUCUUACAGGAUUUUGGUGUAAGAAUUAAAGGGGGCUAAAACAUGGCAAGCAUCCUUCUGAUGAAAAUGUUUUUGUAGCCGAGUGAUCUACAUCGAAGCCGCCCGUCUAAAAGAAAAAAACACAGAGCCCAAGUAAAAAUAGACUGUGGGAAAGAGAUAAGGGCUGCAGAGACAGAGCCGUCCCUUUCUGCCAGGGGUUUGGUUGAUGGUUGGAGCCCAGAUUUGACACCCAGCUCUCAUCACAUGGAGUGCCCCCCCACCCCUCUCACCCUCCUCUCUGGACUGCAGAGAGGACUUGUUGUUGACUCUGCGGGGAUCGACCUAGUUCCCUCACGCAGCUAAAGGUCACAUGUCUUGUUGCUCUGGACUACAUGAGUGUGUAUGUGUAUGAGUGUGUGUGUGUGUGUGUGGACUUGACUUCAAACACAAACAGUGGAGCUGAAGAUGUAACAGUGAGACUGUAACACCCACAGAGACCAGAGAAAAAAUAGUUCCCCCAAAAUAAGACAAAAUAAACUUUAUUAUCCUCCAGUUUGGGUAGUUUGUCUUGGAGCAGCAGAUCUGGGGAUCAUAAUUAGAAGGAGACACCAUGACAACAAUAAUAAUAAUGAUAGUAGAAGAUAACUAUUAAUAAUAGAAAUAAGUCGAUAAAAACAACAAAAGCAAGAGCAACAAAAAGUCUACAAACACACAAAUUACAGCUUUUCUUUUCUCCUCUUUUCCCUGUUCCUCUUAUUCUUGGUCUUUUCUCUCUCAUUGUCUUCCCUCCUUUUUCUCCUGCUACUUCUCUUCUUCUCCUUUUCUACAUGUUCUUUAUCUCUCCUCAGUCUUCUUCUUUUCUCAUCUUCUCUGUCCUCUUUCUUUUUCUUACUUAAAGAUCCAGUGAGUAACUUUUGGUUUGUGUCGUUUUGGCUCCCCCUGUGGACAAAGUGAUCCCUCCCAUGUUUUAUUUUGUAAACAUGAAAGUUGUGUAUUCAUACGAGAAACUCAUCUUGUGGUCUUUAAAGGUGAAAGGCAUCUAUUGUUGUGAAUGGUUGCCAUGGAAAAAGUAUUAAAAAACUGGUUGUUCAGGUUCCUGUCAAUCAUCUGGUCUGGCCCCUCCCCCUUACAGUAGUUGGCAUUGAUAAAUAGUGAAAUUUUCAACCUUGAUGCUGAUGGUUUAUUUUCUGGUUCUUCAUCUUCUUUGUCUUCUUGGUCUAUUUGUGUUCCUCUUCCUCUUUAUUGUCAUUGUCCUCUUUGUCUUUCUACUCUUCUUGAUCUUUCCUUCAUUUUCUUCCUGUUUUCUGAUUUGUCUCCUUCUUUCUCUGUCUGGUCCAGGCUCUCUCUUGAUUUCCCUUGGUCUGUUUCUCCCUUCUUUCCUCUUCUAAACAGAAUAAUAAGAAGACAUAAUCAGCACUUUUUAUAAGACUUAAAGUCGAUAAACACUUCACUGUCAUUUAAUUUGAGCUAAUAAAAGACGAUCUUAUUUAGCAGCAUAAAAAUGCCUUUGUGCGAACCCUAUACAACCAGAGGUUUUAAUGCUUAAACUAAACAUGCAUUACUGUGAAACGCAGUCGCGUCAAGCUGACACUUCAACAUUGAAGCCAACGGCAGUAAAAGGUUAUUUAAUAAAGAGCUGAAAUAUAGUCUUUUUCAUAUUAAAAUGUUGCUCUCCUUUAGUAAUAAUAAAAUGAGAAUAGUGCAGUUUUGAUCAAAGCUAACACGACUGCUCCCCUGUGUCUCUGUGGUCGGUGCUGUGUGGUGUUUGGUGUCUGUGGUCAGCGGAGGACGAGGCAGCUGGUGCUCUUAUUAGGUGGUAUUAGCUCAGCGCCCUCGACCGCAGCCACAAACUUAUCUGCCGCACUCAUUUGCAAUGGAAAAAGCAGCAAAGCCGAUUGGGGCCUGUCUGCUGGCCGAGGAUGACGAGGGUGAAGGAGGAGAGGAGUGGGGAGGAGAGGAAAGCAGGCUGCAGGACUCUGUCGUCGCCUGCUGUGACCGCUCUGCCUCUCUCUCUCUGUUUAUAUUCAUCUACAGGACCGCCAUGUGUAGACGGGUUAUUUAUAUACCCGCUACAUGUCUGCUUUUAGAUUAUACAGUUCAUGUCGUAUGUUUUUCUAGUUUGACCUCUCUGUGAAGCUCUUUAUCAACAAUUUUUGUUUUUAAAUAUAUAUUUCAACUUCAGAUUUAGUUUGGAAUAAACAAGAGAGAGGAAAGUGGGCUGGCUGUGUUCAAGAAAUACACAUAAUAUUCUUUUUCUGUGGAUUUUCAGAUAAUUUUUUAGUUAUCAGCUAACUGCAGAAUGUUUGGCAUGAUAUUUUUAAGCAGAUUUGUUCUUUCUGCUGCACAUCUUGCUGUUCUUGUUCAUAUUUUUCCCUGACCUGUCGCCAUUUACUUUUGGGAGCUUAACAUUUUGACCCACGACAUGUACGCAGACUCAUUCCAGCCAUUCCAGAGAGCAUACUUGUUUGGAGCGGCUAUGAGAAAAAAAACACAUCAAGAGAAAUAGCUGUAGUCGAGCUUUCUUUACAGAAUAUUUUUUUUGUGCCUUUUUGUUUGGCUUUGCCUGAGAAACCCUUCAUGAAUUUCUGAAGACGGCAACAAGAAAAAACAUUUACCGGCAAUCAGGAACUCUGUGCUGUGCAGCAAUGACUCAUCCACAAGCUUUGAAAAAUACAAAACAAAAGUACACCAAGAUAACUUUGAAAAAUCUUCAACUUAUCAUGCUUGUCAACCUUUGAGUCCAUGUUUUAGCCAUGUUUUCCUUUACCCAGCUGGUUUACAGGGUUGUUGCACAGUGGUUCCCUUGCUGAACAAGGGUUCCUAGUUUGAAUCCAGCUGAACUUGCGUGGCGGGAGCCUUUACGAUGUGGAUGCAUGUUCUCCUGGUGCAUGCGUGGGAGAUCCAGUUUCCUCCCAUUAUCCUAAGACAUGUUCGUUAGUUACAGUAAAUUGCCCGUAGAUGUGAGUGUGUGCGAAUGGUUGUUUGUCUCUCCGUGUUAGCACAGUGAUAGAUAAGCAGCCUCUCUCUUGAUGACAGCUAGGUUUGAGUCCAGUCCUGGAUAGGACAGGCGAUAAAGAGGGUAGAUGGAUGGAAUAACUAUAGAAACAUGAAUGGAGUUUGUGUUAAGUCAUGAUAAUCUAAAAGUGGAUCAUUAGCUGCACUUGCAUGUCGAUAUCUAUGUGCAAAAGCAAACAAGACUAUUAGGAACAAGGCUGAAAUUUUCUUAGUUGGGAUUUAUAGUGAGAAGUUUUAAACAGCUUUGUCCAAAAUCAACACAAGGAGCUUAAAAAAGGCGGAACACUUAAAGACUGUCUCAGGUUUAAAAAUAUGCCAAAUUCCCAUCAGGGCAGCAUGACUUUGUUUAGACUUUGCAAGGUGUGCACUUUAUCCUUUUUGCAACCCCGUAGUGACUUCCAGCGCUGUUCUCAGCGUACAGCGGCUCUGCAGAAACAUCCUCAUGUAUCUUAAAUCCGGCCUCAUGAGGAUAAAAAUACAUUAAACAUGUUUGUUAAGCCUUAAGAGACACAGACGCUGCAUUAAAGAGAGAACACUGAACAUAAACACAACAGUAUUUAUCCGAAAACUCCACAGGGAGCCUUUAACUUUGUCCCUCCAUGCUUUAAGCUAACAGGCUUUCAGUACGAUGGAGUGUCUUUGGGGGCUGAUUGUGGUCUUUUCAAAUCAGGUCUUAGUUUUCUAAUCAUGCAUGUGUGUGAACAGUUUACAUAACAUCCAAUAAAGCUGGAUCUUGGCUGUGCUUUUAUUGUCAUUUCAUUCUGGGGGAGUCUCGUCAUUGUUCAGGCAUUAAAGCCUUUUGUUCCAUCAGCUGUUGAAAAUUGAUCAUUGUUCUGCUGCGACACUGAAUAUCUGUUACUCUGCUAAACUGGAGUCUGACAGCUUGAAUUUGAUGCAGGGAAAAUGAAGAAAUAUGAGGUUUUGUUGAUUGUUUUUGCACUUCCUUUAAUGAAGUUCAUUUUUAACAGGAUACUUUAGUACAAUUUUUCAGAAAGUCAAUUCUAAGGGGAGGAAUUUGAAUUUCUGCUCUUGGGUAUCGAUUGAACAGGUAAUAAGAGGACUCAAGCUUCACCUGUCUAAAACAUGAAGUGGAUUUCUCUCCUUCUCUCUUGUCAUUGAAGUUGAUGUGGUGAAGAUACUCCCUGAUGUUUACAUGUUGAGACAGCAGCUCCUCUUUGAGCUUCACUUUAUUUCUUACCUGCAGCCAAACGUGCGUGCGUGUGUUUGUGCGUGUGUGUGUGUGUGUGUGUAUGUGUUUAUGUGUGUGUGGGAACCUUGGCAAGGUGGAGGAACAAGUAUGCGCUGCAGUCAGUGAGAGAAAAGCACCCCAGGGCGUCACUUGCUGACAUUCUUGUACGUGGAGAUGUGGUGCUGCUCUGUAUCUAAUACUUACAUGGCUGUUUUUCUCUCUUUCUUUCUUGUUUCAGUCAUUUCAAGGCAGUCAAGGAAGAGCCUACCUGUUUAAUUCAGUGUGAGUACAACACACACACACCUACAGUCAAAUCAUUUCAAUCCCACUUCCAUGUUAAAGCACACAAAGAUAACUACUUCUGCUACUGCAGCUUACAUUAACCUGUGUUCACUGAGUAACUCAUCACCAUGGUAGCGCUCAUUUAUACGUUAAAUCAGCUCAUAAGUUGUUCCUCUUGACCACAGCUAUGAAGUUCAUCUCUGUGAGUUUCAACCAGAGUUCAGCUGUCCCCCCUCAGCACUGGCCUCCUGCUUUGCUGUCACUCUCACUCAGUCUUGUUGUCUGAAUAUUGCCCCCUCUCUGCUAAGUCCUUCCUCUGACACAGUGGCAGCAGCUCCUGCUGAUUCCUCUGUGGCUGCACACAUAUGUCAAUAUUAUGCUAUUAUGUACGAAUUUUGCUGCACCUGACAGUUAAGUAUAUUAAUAAGGGGAAAAGAAGCUUCAAGAAGAAAACAAGAGGUGCACACAAGGCUAGACAAAGCCUCUAUGAGGCCCUUGUAGGGGUGGGCGAAACAGCAAAAAUAUACUAUAGUUUUUGAAUGUUGAAACUUGAUCUCAAUAUCAUAAUCGCUCUGGUUUUAAGAUUGUUUUGCAAGAUUCUAGUAAGUACUACCAAGCUUAUUUCUAUUUAAAAAAAUCUGUAAAGAUAAGAUAAUAAUAGACCAUUUAAGUCAAAGUAUCUUAUUGAACAGUACAAUCUGUGUUCAAUCUGACAAAGUCAUGACAAGUACAAAUGAAUUAGAAUGAAUGUUGACAUGCAACAGAAAAGACUUAAAGUUCACCCAGUUUCAGACAUUAUCACUUAAUUCAAAAGCAAAUAUUUGCUAAAUUAUCCCGAUUAUUAUCAGAAAUCUUAUUUUCCAAUAAGAUUUAAAGAAAUUUAAUGAGAUAUUACUCAUAUGGUGAUCUAAUGAUAUUGUCAGACGAAGUUAGGAGUUCAUGCAAAGUGAAAACAGACAAAGAAAUCAUACAUAUCAAACUUUUACUAAUGCAGGCUGGAUCUAUGGUAGUAGUAUUAUUUCCCUUCUCCAAGAUCACGGUUUUGUUCUGCAUAAUGCAUCUUUUACAGAAGUAAGCAUUCAGACACAAUUUUUACCCAUUAUUCCAACUAUAUUUUUGUUUUGAAUAAUAAACUAAUAGGUAUAAUUAAGAUUUGUACUGCUUUAUGUUUACCACAUUUACAGUGCACCGGGUUUGUGUAAUCUGACACCAAGACAGACUCUGCUUCUCAGCCAAUCACAAAACACUGAGAAUAUAAGCAAAAGAAAUGAUUGCAAGAAGCUAAAAAAACUUUCUCAAAAAACUCUCAAGCUAUGAAACGAGAUCUUAGCGAGCAGCAGGUUCAUUUGUGUCAUGGGCUGUACACAAGGAAAGCCAUCAUCGCAAAGGAACAUUAAUACAAUGUUAUUGUUAAUUUAUCAGAUAUUACUCUUUACUUAAAAUAUUUGUAGUAUAAAAGACAUAUUUCCCAACCUCAAAAUUACUUCUUCGUGUGUCUUGUUUUGUCUAUAACCCCAAAAUAUUUAGUUUUAUAACAAAAAGAACCAUAAAAACCAACUCAAACUGAUAUACAGAAUUCAAAUAUUGUGUAAAACAGAGGCAGCAUGAGACUCUAGUGAUCUUUGAAUUUAACUUUAAAUCACCAAAUCUUCAUGGUAAAUAGAGGCAGAAGUGAAGUGAAGUUCCCUUCACCCUCUGGUCAACAUUUCUCUUUUUAAAUUCAUGAAACAGCUCCAGAGGGUUUAUUUCUUGGUUGGUUGGUUUUGGGCACUCUGCUCUCAGUCCUAAUAAAAACCACAGAAGACAUAUUGAGGUGUGACAGUGGGACUGCUUUGUGCCACCUGAGUCUAGAUUACAUUGUUCUCACCUGCAGGAACGAAAGGGGGGGAAAGGAGCUUUCUGCAGUCUCUCUAGUCCAGAUAAAUUAUUCAAAAUAUGCCAAAUGUGCAAGCAGCUGAAAUCCUGUGAGGAGGACUCAUGGUGGGGUGCAGAAACAAACAGCAGCAUUUGGUGGAAACUCCAGUCUUGCAGACAACACGUAUCUUAGUUACUCACAUAAUGACUGUUUCAGCAGCUCUUCACUCAGUUUAUUAGUUUGUGGCGUUUGCUUUAAUUAAAACGUCAGUCAAAAGUUAAUCAGCAGCUCAGAGUGGGAGGUAAAUUUAGUGAGAAAGAUGUGACAAAUAAUAUAUAUAUAUAUAUAUAAAGCCCUGAAAAUAAAAGAUUUAAUUUAACAAACUUUGAAUUUGCAUCUUAAUUCUAAACUUUGGUGCAGUUUUAACAUAUUUGUUUGGGAGUUUUUGUUGAGACAAGACACAAACGCUCAGAAUAUGUCUCCAUGAGAUACCAGUUAUUACUAAAAAUGUCACUUUUUGGAGUCUAGGUAAACUUCUCAAGCAUAUUGAAAAGGAAAGGUAGGCAAAAUAUACAAAUGUCUCUGUAUCAAUAACCAAAUAUUGAAUACAUGAGGGAAUAUAAAUCAAAUUGUUUAUUUCUUUGUCAUGUAUUUUCUGACAACUUACAAAAAAGAUAGAUGUGAUAAAAAUUUGUUUGUAAAUUCAGCUCAAGAUCAACUUUUUUGUCGAGCCAAGCAUGACUCGCCCUCGUUUCCCCACCAUUUCCUGCUCUAUCCUCUGUCCUAUCCUGUCAAAUAAAGGCCAAAAAUAAAUCUGAAAAAAAAAACAAGCUCACACAGAACAAAGUUCUACCCAGAAAUCUUCUUCUGCACCGGUACCCUGAAACGACCUGACAGUAAAAGCUCAGACUCACUCUGAAGUGGAUGCUUCUGGUGAUCUAAUAUAGCAUGAGGCCUCUAAGGACCCGGCUGUUAUAAAUGGCCAGGAGUCCAGCCUGACUCUGCCCUAAGAUAUGACCCUCCAUUAAGAAGCUUGAUAAUAUUGGGAAGCACAUAUUUUUAACCUUUUCAUCUCAAAUUUAAUCUCUUAUUUCUGUCAUUUUUUUUGAUAGUAAAACUUGGAACAGAGACUCUUUUUUUACUCAGUAUUAUUUCACUUUGAACACUUUGCGUCACAUUAGAAGAUCGUUGCUCUUCUCCCUGCGCUCUCCCUUCCCUCUGUAACCUCUUUUCCUCUUCCUCACAGGGUGAAUGUCGGCUGCGGGCCAGCAGAGGAGCGGGUUCUCCUCACAGGUUUACAUGCUGUCGCUGAUAUCUACUGUGAAAACUGUAAAACCACGCUGGGAUGGAAAUAUGUAAGUCAGAUGCUCUAAAAACUUUCCUUUUCUUAAACACCCCUGCCUUAAUGUUUCUGCUCUAAAUUUCACUGCUGCUUGCUUGUUGUGCAACUCUGUGGUUUCUGGGCUUUAAAGGGGACAAAUGAUGCAACUGGAGGUCAUUGAAGUCGUGUGUUAGAGCCAUGGUGACAGUUUUUCCUGCUCUUAGUUGUAUUUAGAGCGAUUGAGCACUCUUCGCUCUCUUAGCGCCGGCGAUAAUUACAGUGCAGAAAGGUUGGCUGCAGGCUCGUACCUCUGAGAGUCUGCAGUGAUUAAAUGUCAGGCCGUUUUGAAGAGGCUUGUCCUGGUAAUUGUCUGAGAAGACUAUAGGAGGGUGUAAAAUAACUGAACACAGUUUAAGACAGGGACUCACUUAAAGCCGCUCCUUCAGCCACAAAAACAAUUAGAGUUUCCCAGAAAGGCGCCGGGAGCUGAGCAGAGUCGAGCUGGUUUGCAAGGCAAAGCAGGCUGAGCCGGUAAUCAAAGACACACAGACACACAGACUCUCCUCCUCCGGCUCUGCAGGACAGACACUAAUGCAGGGCAUCAUACAGUACGUCAAAGAUGAGAGUCAGGCAUGCAAAAGAGGUGGUCUGUCAGAGGAGGAAACCUUUAGGUCUCCAUAAAGUGCUACAUUUUCCCCUAAACCCUUUCACAAUAAGACAAAUAAAUGUGCUGAUUGGUUUUGCUGCCUAUUUGUACUGCUUGUUACUCUGACUAAUGAGGACUGCUGAGAUUUUGUAGACUUAAGACCAGAACUUAUAACCUCUCUUCAACUCUGUGAUUGCUCUCCUGAGUCUCCUCCUGUUUUACUAAAAAGAAAUUAAAGCCAUUUACAUAUGCUUUCCUGAUUUGUAGAAAUAGGUAAAAAACACUAUUUAUUUUCACUCGCCAUGUUCACAAGAAACCUGCCUCUUGAUUGAAACUCCAAGUCCCGGCUUAUUGUGAUGAGAAUGAGCAGCAAUGCCAUCUGACAGGUUUCUGAUCCAUGAUUUUAAGUGCAUGUUUGAACUUGAGGGUACGUUUAUUGUUGGUUUGGCCCCCUGCAGUAGUUUAUAAACUGCUGUGCUGCUGUGAGAGGUAAAUAUGGUCUUUGUGAAGGGAAACAGUUUAAGUUUGUUGAACAGUUCCAGACAACCUCAGCAUGUUCAUCAGAUUUUAAGCAGAUCUCUAGAACACUGAUACUAAAAUGUACUUAGCAUUACUUACUUAGCCAUCAAUACAUGGGAUAGCAACAGGUCCAGGAUUGGAUAAGACUUUCUUUUUUUUUUUUGGUUACCAAAUAUAAUUUUAUGUGAUAUAUGGCCACAAAUUGUGUCACUAUAUGUUUUGUUGAGCAGUAGUUUGUUUGGUAAAAGUCAAUCUUAAAAACAUUUAAAUCUGUCUGAAGAGAUUGGUCAACUGUGACAAUUAAGAUUUGCAUAUAUACAAAAUAGUGUCAUCAGCAUAAAGUUAAACUUGACAGUCAUUAAAUCAGCAAGUCAGACACAUAAAUAGAAAAAUAGAGGGGAUCUAAUUGUGACCCUGAGGCACACCUCUUUACUAAAUCAAUUAACUAAAUUUUGAUGUUACAGCUAAAGUUUUUUUCUGCUUUUUUCAGGAGCAUGCGUUUGAGAGCAGUCAAAAGUACAAAGAGGGAAAGUUCAUCAUCGAGCUGGCUCACAUGAUCAAGGACAACGGAUGGGAGUGACUCUCUCCGCUCUCUCUAUUUUUUGCUUUUUCUGACCUUGGAAUGCUCUCUAUUGAACUGCGUGGAGCGUUGACCAUCAUCCACCCCCCACCACCCCCUGAAAAUUACCCCCCUCCACAAACCUCCACCCCUCGCCUCCUUCACGUGCACACACUCCCACCUGCUCAUUGUGAAAACUGAACCAAACAAAUGAAAUAAAAACGACGAGGGAGGAAAGAGGAAAGGGAGGAGGAGAAGCGGAGGAGCAGCUGUUGAAAAAUCACGUCACAAGGAGUCCUGUCAUUACUUCAAAGAUUGUGUGUUCUCCUUUGCAGCUCUGGAGCUUUUGGGUUCAACCUCCACCCACUCACUCCCACCCCCACCAAAAGCCACGCUUACAAGUGAUUGUGGUGAUAUGGUGACCACCUUACGAAAGGAGACAGACUUCACUGAAAGAACAUUUCUUUGUUUUCUUUCUUUCGCCCAUCCAGCGAGACGAAUGACUUUGAUGACUUUGAUAAUUUUAUUGUUACUUGCUUUAGUUUUAACCUCUGGGUUUGGUAAGGGUUUGGUUUGAUGGAAGAUGGAUGUUACUGGUUAGCAUUUUGUUUCUCUGUUUCCGUCUGUCAUUUUUGUUUGUUCGUUUCUUUGGCUGGUUUAUCUCUGCCCACAACUGAGCAUGUUUUUCUUUGCUAAUGUCCAAAUGAGAAAUCAGGGACAGAUGAGGAGCGGAGGGGAAAGGGAGUUUAUUCUGGUUACAAAUAUGUAGCAUUAUCUUGCUUUUUCUUAAAAGGUAAAUGAUGGGAUUGCAGUAGUGCAGGAUUUUAUUCCUGAUUUUUUCUUUUGGUUUUUAUCCUUUUCUUUCAUGUUGUUUUUCUUCGUUUCCCCCUUUCUGGUACCUUUCAGCACCCAAAAAGCAUUCAAAGCAGCACCUAGUUUGUUUGGCAUAAAUGGAUAUAUAUAUACAUAUAAAUAUAUAUAUAUAUAUCUAUACAUAUAAAUAUAUAAAUAUUUGUAGUGUUAUGGCUAAACGGGAUUGUGGCUGGUCCCAUUUUGCAGCAGUACAUAAGUGAUAGAGACGUGAAAAGAAGCAGAGAUAAUGUGCGGUUACUUUUGUGUCAGAAAACGGAGACAGUAGAAGUUAACACACUGCAUCAAAAAAGUUUAUGAAUCAGCUUUUUCUUUUCAAAUCAAAAGGUUUCGAUUGGAAAUGCAAAAGUUUCUGUUUCCAGAAGUUUCUUAGUCACUGAGCUCAAUCUUAUGGGCGGGGCCUACAGAAGAGACAUCUCUAUUGCUCGAUAUGAAAUAGAGCGACAUCAACUGGAAUAUUUCGAAGCAAAACUCAUACUGACAAAGAUGCUAAAUUUGUGAGAAAUAUUGAGAUGCAGACUGAACAUUUGGAUUGGAGUUCAAAACCUCUAAAUUGGCAAACAGAACUUUUGGAUUUGUUAGCAAAGGUUUCAACACUGCCUCAAAAGCUUUUGGAAUACAUUUACAAAUCAGUUUUAUAUAUAAAGAAAAUGUUUUGUUUGGAAAUGCAAAGGAUUUUGUUACAAGAGGAUUUGGUUGUCAUGGGGAUCAAUCACGUGGGCGGGACCUACGUAGAAAGAUGUAAGAGACAUUUCUGUUUGUGAUUCUCAAAUGAAGUAACAACAUCCAAAACAGUUGCUGUAUUUCUAUUUGAAAGCGAAACUUUUGCAUUUGCUCACAAAACAUUUAACUUUGGAUUUGCCAUCAAAACGUUUUAAACUUUAAUUUACACAUUUCCUCUUUGCAGUGUUAAGAGUUUUGCCUCCAAAUCUUUCUCUCUCUUUUUGUUAGCAGUAUGUUAACUUCUGCUGUUAAGUCUUUUAAAUAGAUUUCAAAACAAAGACACAAGAGUAACCUCUGAAAAUAUUGCAUAGACUGAAGAACCUGAACUCAGUGUCCACAUUGGGGCAGACUAUUUUAAUUCACCUUUUGGUAAUCAGACACAACUACAUAGGAAUAUAUUCACACAUAGUAUGAUGACAUAUCCGUAAAUACUAUGAAAAUGUUCUUAGUACGUAGAAUUUGGAACAUGGAUUCUAUGAAUAUAUAUAUAUAUAUAUAUAUAUAUGCUGUCAUGCACAUAUGUAUAUAUGCAUAUGACUGUGUGUAUAUAUGUGUGUGUGUGUGGUCAUGCAUUACACAGUGGCAUUCUUGAACAAUGCUCUUCGCUUGCACUUUGCAGAGGCCUUUGGUUCAUGUCGGUUUAGAGGCAAAGCGUUUUAAUGGCCUUCUCACAGAUGAACGAUGAAUUGUAGGAGACAGAAAGAAAGUAAACUGAACUGUUCAUGACGAGGUAAAUACCCGACUUCUUUCCAAGCUCUUUUUUUAGAUGCUUUUAGAUGAUUUCAUUUUGUUUCACUUCAAAACAUGUUCAAAAAUCCUGCUUCUCCUGUUUGGUUUUGCCUGAAUUUGCCCAAAGCUGCAACACAUGGUUGACUAUUUGAUCAAACGGCUCCAUAUUUUUAUCAGCAGUAAAUCAUUUUGGUUCAAAAAUGACAAUGGUUAGUUGACUAAUUAAUCAAAUGUCAUACUUGGUCACAAUUUAGUGAUUUUAGUGACAUUUUCAACCAAAAAUGCUCAUUUGUCAUUUUUUGAUGUUUUCCAUCAAAAUUGUUAAAAUUGUGAAAAGUUACUGGAUGAUAUAUUGAUCAAAAGUUCUUGUAUCUGAUCACCAGUUAGUUAUGUGGAAAAAAAUUGAUCAAGCUUUCAAAAGUACAGACAACUUUGAGCUUUGGGAAAUUUGUUGUGCAUUUUAAAGUUUUCUGAAACUUCUUGAAAAAUUAUGAAUUAGUUUUAAUAAUUAAUACUUAAAAUAAUCAGCACAUAAUUGGAAAACAUGUUGCAAGACCAGUUUCUCGGUUCCUGAUUUUUUUGCUGCUACCCUUGAACUCCCACCAUUCCUCUGCGCUUUUGUAGACCUUUUGCACUUUAUUCUUCUCCAUCUCUCUCUCUUCACAGAGUGUUUGGAUUGUCUCUUUAUAGACUGUGUCUGUCAUUUGCCUCUAAGCCGAACGAAUCUUGUGCCUCUUCAAAACAUGAACGACCCCCCCUCUUUCUUCUUUUUUCUGUUGUGCGGUGCAUAACUGGAAAAAAAAAAAAAAAAACCCUCAUGUGAGCCGAUGUGUCUUCCCCCUCCUUCAUUCUGGUUCAUAGUAGCCCCUAAAAACUGACUUUAUUCACCCAAAUCCUCCUAGAGCUCAUCCCUGUUUCUUUCUGACAACAGAGGCGUGGUAUAGGUAAUCACAUAUAUUUUCUAAGUUAAGAUUUAGAGGUGCAAAAACAGAUGGAUAUUAAGUAUAUUAUUUCUUAGAGUAAAGCAUAGAGAGAGUUCGCCCUGGGCUUGUUGUUAGACUUUUUAUUGUAAGGAUUGAAACAGGACAAAGUCGAGGCGUGACGAGAGAGAUUUAAAAAAUCAGCAGUGAUUGAUUACUUUGCCGGCAAGGUCAGUCAGAUCACAAGACCUUUUAUCUUUAAAACAAUGACAAUGCAAACCCUUACUAGUUAGCAAUGAUACCUACUUGAAAAUAUAAAGACAUAAACAGCUGAGAUAUUGGCCCGUGUUACAGUUUUUGUACAUAAAGUAACAUAUUUAAGGUUUUAUACGUAUUUCUACUGGGUUAGUUGUUUUACUUCCCCAACUUGAAGCACUUUUGUUCACUGUACCUCUGGCUGUGUGUGUCUGAAUGUGUGCGAGUGUGCACCGUGCAUGCAUGUGUACUAGCCCACAUGCAUGCCUGCACAUGAAAGUGAAUGUUUAGUUUCUUUUCCUCGGUUUGAUUUCUCUUGUUUUCCUCCUUUUUUUGGUUUGGAAGUGUUUUUAUUUGUCCUGUGUUGGUUUCACUGUCACUCUCGCUCUCUCUGAGGUCGACAGUCAGGUUAGUUUGUUUGGAGGUGAUUUUUCCCUGUUUUUAUUUCUCUGUUAGCUCAUUGAUUUAGCUUGUGUGGUGAGAGCCCGUUAGAGGGCUGGUGUUUAGGUCUCUGCUGAGCCGUGUAGACGUCGAGGGCGAGCUGGAAUCUCCCACCAUGUCGCAGGGAGAGCCUUUACCAAGACCCUUUCGCCACCACAGUCAGUGUCUCCUGUAUAGAGGGCUUUCAGGCGAUCAAACGCACACGAUGGCAGCCAUAUUGGAGGUCCUUAGCUUUUGGCUACACUGGCUGUGAUUAUCUGAUUGUAUUUCAUAUUCAUUUUGUGCUAUGAGAACUGUUACAUUCAUGCUCUGUUUGAUUUGAUUUGUUGUUAUGCUAAUGUGAGCUCAUGAGCUACUUUGGCUUGGUCCCUGCGUUGCUGUUCUGGGACGUUAUCCAGGUCUAACAAGACCUAUCCUGAUCUUAACACUCCUUAACAUGCAGCUUCCUUCUUCUUCUUCUUCCUGGUUUUGCAGGACUCAGUCUCCCACAAUCCAUUGCACACUCCUUGUUUAAGGGAAAUUUGACAGAGGCUUACAGUCUUGUGUUUAUUGACACCCCAGAGGUUUAUCUGCUCACUGGUGAAGUAGAAACUCUGUUAGUACAUCCUGGUAUUAUGGCAGGGUGUGACCAGAGGUACAGCUGAGCUUAAUCUGAAAGGAAAUGUAGUUUGACAUGAGGUUGUUCCUCUUUCAUGGUGCAUUCAAGUGCAUUUUGCAGAGGCUUCAUUGGCUGUAUGUCUCGCAACUUUCCUGGUAUGACUCUUAAACACCCCUGAGACUAAAAGUUAGGUAGCUUUGGUCUUAUUUGAUCCCAUUAUAUGAUUCUCAUCAGCAAAUCCUGCAUUAACAGAGCUCCAGAUGUCCAGAGUCACAUUUUCCAAGCACGUCUAUGGGCUGGAUGCUAUGGAAAUGUGAGCAUCUGAGAAUUGAAACUCAAAAUCUGAUGUGAUUUCAGCUCCGAAACAGCAGUUAAAAUGACUUAGUAGACACUGAGUAAGUGAAUGCAUCAUUUUGUAGUACAUUUGUGAUAAAUCUGGCCUUAAGUUCCUCAACAGACAGGCGUACUCUACGAAAGUUGCAGCCUUAAUCUGGCAAACUUUUCCAAAGCUUUCCAAAACAGCACUGGAAGCUCAAGUGGAAAUAUUUUACCAAAUUUGUUUUAUCUGCUUGAAUGGUUACUGUAAGACCAACAGUAAGCCCACUUCCUAACUCCUCCAUGCACAAAGCCAGUUCCUCCAAAGGACCUCCAAAAUGGUGCCCGCAGUGGUUGCUGGGAGAUUUGUAACCUAACUGCAGAGCCUCUUUACCCUCUCUUCGAUCAGUCAGUCUAAGUUUAACCAACAAAAAGCAGGUGCCAGUGUCACCGCCGGUGUGUACCAAAUAAGAACCAGGUUCUAUCGAAUGCAUCAGUGUCGUGUGUCAGUGUGCAGGGAGGAAACCAGGGAUCAUGUUGGAGCGUCUCCUGGAGAUCAAACUGCGAUACCAAAACUAAAGAGGAGAAACCCUGGCACUGAUGACUCUGUCUUUCUGUAGAAUGUUUUGAUUCUCUGAACUCAACAGCAUCAAAGCAGCCUGGACAACAAAUGUAGAUAUUUGCUGCUGAAAAACUGUUUACUUUUUCUCGUUAUUUUGUUUUAUUGUGACACUGGCUACCGCCUUUUUGAGCUCUGUUACUGUCUCAAACGUUCCUGAAAGGAUGUCGAUCAAAGGCAGGAUGAGUAUACAGGAGAAAAGACUGUACAAGUUCUUUUCUUAGGACUGUUAAACUACAGUUUAAGGUCUAAAGCAUGUUGUAUUUAUAAUGGCUAUAUGUUGUGCCUGUUUUAUUAUUAUUUUUUCCUAAAUUUAAAAAAUAUUAUAUGCUUUUUAUUUGACUACAUUGCUUUGCAUUCUGUCUUAGUAAAGCCAUGUCACAUGUCUGUUUUCACUCUAAUGUAAACUAUCAGAUAUCACAAUAAAUUUUCAAUGGCAUUAAAUUGUGGAUGGUGUAAAGUGUUCAUUCAUUUUUGGAUUUUUGAUUAUUAAUCACUACUUUGUACAGCUCAAAUCAAGCUGCAGUUCAACAAGUUUCCACUUGAGGCUGGUUCCAAAAGUAAGGAAAUCUCCAUUGACGCCCAUGUUAGAAUGCCCACUGUAACAGCAGAAAUGAGCAUGUUCACAGUCUGGUGCAAAAACAGUUUGGGUCUGAAUCAAGGUUUUUAUAGUGAACAAAAACCGUCAAAAUCAUGAAAACUUAAUAAUCAAAACCAUUUGUGUUAACAAAAAAAAUGAAAAAGGCUUCACAAAAACACGAUAAAAGGUUAAGAGUAACAUUCAGUUACAGAAAAGAUGUCCUUUCUUUUUGUCCGACACAGAAACACGACCUGGAGUUAGAUUUUGGUCGGACCUUUUACAGCAGAAGUUGAUGUUUCUUUUCAUUUUUUCAUACUUCAUACUAUGAAGGAACUUUUAAAGAGAUUGCUUGAAGACUUUUUAUCAAAUAUUUACGAUAUAUCAACUUUUUUGUUGACCUGCCAACUUAACAUUCUGGCUGACGUGAAGAUAAAGACCUGAUCCUGUUUAUAUUUUACUACAGAAAAAAAUUGAAAAUUUAUCUGUUGAAGAAAAUCUCCUCUUAAUGAUGAUCUUGGUGGUUUGACAUAUGUCUUUACAUUGAUGGCAGGGCAGCAAUCCAUAUUGACUGAAUGUGAGUCCUCCUGACAAGAAUCCCACAUCGCAAAAAAUGAAAACUAACACCAAAACUACAACAAACUAAACUACUAAAACUAAUAUAGUCCAGGAUCUGCCUUGAGUUUCUAAAAUAAAUCAAUGUUUGCAGUAAAUCCAGGAUCUUCUUACAUGCAGCCUUAACAUUGUUUAGUUUGUAGCAGACUUUUUUUGACUAGGUGCCUGGAGGUAUUUGCGCAAACACAAACUAAUAGCAUUUACCCUCUCUGCUUUUACUGUCUUUUAAGUAUCAUGAUGUUGAUAUAUGACUGUGUCUCAUUGUUUUGCUUUAAAGAGAGACACAAUAGAGUAGUGACACAUAAGCACUCUGGUCACUUUUCAUUGUGUCUUAUGUGCCUUAUAAAUAAACUUGACUUGACAUAUAAAUCUUCUUAGUUUAAGUCUUUGUGGGCUCAAGAAGAAGACACUUGUCUAAAAUCACAACUGAAGGCAUUUAGAAAAGACAAAGAGCUAUAUUCAAAUAUAGAGAAAGCUAAUGACAGUUUAUGAGAUUGACAGAGGUGAGAUUGAUGCACAUAGUUGAAGCAGCUGGAAAGCAGGAAGGUCCACAGCAGUGAUCCAGAAGAACCUACAACAUGAUGGCGCUCAUUGACUCCCAGAAAAAAACUGUGUAUUAGUGACUCCAAUGUGACAUGACGAUUCAAAGUUAAAGAUACAGACAAAAAGAGGACAGAAAAACAGAUGUAAUGAGGUUUCCUGACCUAUACUCACUAUAGGGUCCAUGGUUGGGGAUACAGUUUCUGGACAUUUAUAGAAACCCUAUGGAGAAACCUUAUCUGCUGCAAAACUCUUGGUGCCAGAUCAUUGAACAAAACAAGAGAGAUGUCUGUACCAGCAUAGACAGGUGGUUAUAAUGUUAUGGCUGUUCAGAGUACAUUACUGUGGUCUCACUGAGUCUUGUUACAAAUUUGAUUGCACAAACACGCUGUCUAAAACAUCAGCCAUGUUUUGUUACAUAAUUAGAACCAUGAACCAUAUGAAAACCACGAGAACAUCACACACAGUGAAAAUAAAAGAAGAACAUCAUGUUGCAGGAAGUUUGGCGCUUAAAAAGAGGAACUUGUCUAGUGGUGGUGAUAUGUGUGAAACUGUGAUGAAAUGAACUUUGACAGCUCCCCACAGAGACUUAUGAACUUAUGAUUAAACAGUUCAGACCCGGAAGAAAGUAUGUCAGAAAAUGCCCUUUAAAUGUAAAACUAUUACUGAGGCAUGAAAUCCACUCAAAGUCCCACCCAUGUGAGAGUUAGAGACGGAGAGUGAAGAAAGAGUCGGGGUGGGAAAGUGUCAGGUAAUUAUUAAAACAGAGAAGCUGUAAGACAUUUUUUCCUCGACUGUGUUUCCUUGUGUUUCUGCUUCCUCAGACGUCAGCUGUUUCAAGGUUAAUGGACUGCAGACAGACUUCCUUUUAACACAGUCUGACUCGUUUUUCUAUUCUGUUCCAGACCCUUCAACGUAAACCAACAGACAACUGAAAUAAAAAGGAGAUGAGGCUUUAUAAUGAAAAAAAAAUCUAACCAAAACUGCUUUAUGUGUUUGACAGCUUUUUGAUCCUUUUUUCAAGUAGACAGUAGGUCAGUGGCUCCUCCUCAUCAUGAAAUCAAGUGAACUCUCUCAGCACUAGACUUUGUCUAAUGAACAACUCUUUAUGAACUAAACAGCACUGUAAAGGUUUGUAAGUCACUACCUGGUUUUCAAUAGUACAGGGCUUUUAUUUCCCCUUGUUACCAGAAAACUGGUUAAUCAUUCAGUUUUUAAAUGUUUAUGAACGUCUCACAGCCCAAAAGUCAAACAGAAACUUCCUCUUUGAUAAACUGAUCUUGAAAAUGACGUUCCCUCUGUUCCUCUCACAGCCAGUUAUCUUGUAUUCAUCUGAAGUAUUAAAGGCAGGGCUGGUUUAUCAAGCUGUCUAUUAAACAUGUGAUUCACUAAAAAAGAACUCUAUGAGGAAUUGUUUUUAAGGGCAUUUAUCAAGAGGACAAAAAAAAAAAAACACACCAUGAGGCAACCAUUAGAGUACUGCACAGAUGGAGACACACGUCAUCAAAAUAUCUUGAAUGCUGUAUGACCAGGCAAGAACUUGUCUUACUUCUCGAGUCAGACUUCAACCCUCAUUUUCAGGACUUGACUUUGAUUUGAGGACUGAUGACUUCGACUUGGACAAGCAUUUACUGUUAAUUUGCACAAGGCCUCGAUAAUUUCAUUCAGUUUGCAGCCUGCACAUGCGCUCACGUGUCGUCUUCUUUAGCAACCAGGAUCACUAAAUAAACGCCACGAAUCACAGGUUUUGCUCUCAACCAUUUUAUUAUGAAUGUUGGCAAGAGCUCCGCAACUUGUGCAACAUGUAACAGGACCAUUAAGGAAAGGACAAAGAAAAACUCUAAGUUGAAGAGACAUCUGUCAGGGAGGUACCCUUAAAAGUGAGUGAGAUUCUAACGUUAGCAUUCUUAGACUGUUACCGUCAGCAAGUUGAUGGUUUUGUUAGCAUUCACAGUGACUCAAUCACUGGGUCCAAGAUGUUGGAUAAAGGUACUUAGAUAAAAUUCUAACAACCGCUUUGACCUGAACAUAAAACGACCAUGAUUAUAAUACAACUCCGCCUGUUCAAGAUGAAUUUUUAAGAAAGACUUUUUGAAGACCAGGUCUUGUUUUUACUCAAAUUUAGUAAGUUUCUGUACAUUUGUAAUACCAAUAAAUGCUAGGUCACAGUUCACUAAAAGAAGAUGUGUUUUAGUUUACAAGUGUAAAUGAAACCCACAAGUGUUGGUACACAGAAAAAGCAGAUCUACUGAUUCUACAAUAAGCUGCAUGGGAUGAAUUCAUUCAAAACUGUUCUUUCGUAUUUUCAGGCUGUGAAGUCUGGCUCAGGCUGCACUGGACCUUUACAGUCAGCUGAUCACAGACACAGACUCUGAUUGGUCCAAUGACCAAAACAAAGAUGGCAGCCCCCAUUAAGCAUAAUUGGCUCACAACAGAAAUAAUGCUUUUCCACUCAAAUUAAUACCUAAUUUAUCACAAAUUUCCUUUGUUUUUUUCAGAGACUGGAUUUAAACGAUCGCUGAAAAAACACUGAUCUCCUCGAGAAAAGCUCCUGGACGCUGCAGAAACACACACCAGAAAGCUGCCGGUCUCACGAAGUGAGUGGAUUCUACAUUAAGUCCCUAAACAAUGCUGUGUCUAUGGGGGUGUCUCUAUUAACAACUAUUAUACAAUUCCACUUCUCAAAACAAAAAACAAAAAAACAAAAAAUUGUUUUGUACUUGGGUCAAAACGGCUGCAAGUAUUUUUAGUUUAAACAGACACCUGCAGGGAUUGUACCACAUUCAAACCCAUGAGUGCGUGUCCAUAUGAACAUUAAAAUCUCCACACAGGCAAACAGGAUCAGUCUAAAUCUAAUGCUAAACAAAACUAUCUGCUUUUUCUCUCACAUUAAAUAUUCACUUGCACAGUAGGCUUUUUCUGUUCUGGAUGGCUGCAAACAUGUUUUACACCUCUGAACCUAAAUGUGAUCCGCAGUUUGAUGUAACUGUAAAUUAAUUUGCAGCAUCUCUGUGAUCAUCAGGUAACUCGGGAUGAAGCUGAGAGAUCAUCACACCUGCUGCAGUACAGCCAAUUAACAGGAAAACCUUAACAAAGUACAAAGUGUACGUUAUGUAGACGGAAGUUGCUAUGACAGUUUUUACUCAGAUGACUCUUCUGCUCAGUGCUUUCUAUCUGUCUCUUUUCUUGAUGCCCACACAGCCUCGUGUUUUCAUGUCCUUGAGGUGGCUGGCUCGUCUUCAAGCAGCCUGUCAGACUCGAACCUCUCUCACAUUCACUGACUGUUCUCAAACACAACCUUUCCAAGAGAUUUUAACGACUGAACAGCUUAUUUCAGUUCUCAGGAGUCUCUGCUGACUCUGUCUCAAUGUGCGCAAGCUUUAAGUGGACUCUAUGAUGAUCAGACCUUUGGUUUUGAAAAUACUCAAUGCAAAAGUCUGAACAACAGCUACAGAGAAGGAGGACAGCAAACCUCUGUAUGCUUUUUUUCUCUUUAACAAUCAUUCUGCAGUCAGGAGCUGCACUGAAUCUCCAUGCAUAAGUUAUUGAUGCUGUUUUCAGGCCACACAUCUCAUUAAAGCUGUGACCUCAAUGAUUAAUCAAUAAUCAUUGCUAAUGACUGCUAAUUGCCUCAUAAACAACUUAAUCUCGUGCAUCUUGCAUUGGGACUUUUACUUUUAACUCUUGUUAUAUGAAACAAUUUUUCCAACACUUUAUCUUAUUUAAUCAAAAAAACAAAUCUUCUGUCUGAAAACUCAGGGACCCUGUUAUUUAAACAACCUUCAAUGUACCAACUGAACAAAUACAGCAAAAUAAUACAACAUUACAGCAAAAGUAACAGUCCUUUGUUUUUCAUUGGAAACAUCAUCAGCCUAGCUGAGGAUGGGAGUCAAUAAUGGGCCUUUGGUGGAUUAUUUCCUGUCUAGUGUUGUAGUUAAGUCAACAAACCUCUAUGCUGAGAUAAGUUCUCAAGUCUGCAGUGACUUAUUCAAGGUUAUGUCUGAACCCCAAGAGAGGGAUUCAAGUCCAGUCUUAGAUGUCACUGCAUUUGCUAAAUAUAGGUCAAGUACACACCCUAAUAUUAGUUAGACCAGUAAAUGAUCCAUCCAACCUGGACUGACUGUAAGAACCUUAACUGACUGUAUGAACCUGGACUGUUGGCAUGAACCUAGAGUAACUGAACCUGGACUGACUGUAUGAAUCUGUACUGACUGAACCAGGUCGGACUGUUGUAACCUAGACUGACUGUAUGAUCCUGGACUGUUUGAACCUGGACUGUGUGAACCAGGGACGACUGUAAUAACCUGGACUGACAGUAGUAACCUGGACUGACUUUGUGAACCUGGAAUGACUAAAAUAACCUGGACAGACUGUACUAACCUGGCCUGUGUGAACCAGGGCGGACUGUUUCAUCGUGGACUGACUUCAUGAACCCAGACUGACUGUGUGAACCUAGACUGACUGUAUGAACUUGGACUGACUGUUUGAUCCUGGAAUGACUUUCUGACCAGGACUCACUGUGAACCUGGAGUGACUUUUCUUUUGGAAGUCUAGGAUCUGUAUAGAUCACAUAUUUUUAGGCUAAGCAUCACUGUCUCAAAAGUCCUGUCCCCUGCUCUGUCAGUAUUUGUGGUUAACUAAACACAUCUUGCACACAGCUUGUUUUCAGGUUGCAGAAUUUAGCAGAACAGUUUUUUUAAAACGUUUUUUCAGCCCAUCAUAGGGGACAGAGCGGACUGAGUGCAGACAGUCAAAGCAGAGCAGAUUCCCCCUGAUGGAGGCUUUUAUCCUGAGCACCUCGUGUUACUUUUAGUGCAUGCAUAUUUCAGAGCGACAGGCCCCACUGUGAAUCAAAUCUAACCUUUACUCUGAAAGGACCGCAUCCUGUACACACAGACAGGCAAAGUGAGAGCGGGGUGGGAGUGGGUUUGAUGUCAGUGUUGUGAUGGCUGUAAAUAGACAGGAUGUGGUGGUGUUAGCUGUUUAUGUCGGGGUGUGUUAUUCUCAUGCUCACUGUGGCUCCUGACCUACUUCUCCGCAACGCUUGGUCACACAGUUCACGCUCUGCCACAGGGGGGUCUGUGUGUGUGUUUGUGUGUGUGUGUGUGUGUGUGUGUGUGUGUGUAUGGAGGGAGGUGGUGUCAGGGCUCAGGCGUCCACCAUUUGGGUGAUCACAUAUCAGAAGUCUUUUUUUCUUCUGUUCACACUCCAGCAGCUCAGACAGGUCUGUGUUUGAGACAGGAAGGAGACAGAUGAGGAGAUACAGAGAGUUUGGCUGUCAGAAAUAAAAGUGAUAAAUGAUAGAUGCAAGCAGAGGGAGGGAGGAAAAGCCUCCAAGAGCCAACAGGUGGUAUUUAAAGUCGUCUCAAUGCCUACCUACUGUAUAUGUAGAUCUUCAGGCAUUUUCAGUUGAAUGAAGAGAGCUCAGGUUGGUUUCGUCCUCAGAUGUAUAAACUCAGUUUUUCUAUUAUAACAAGUAACUUUUGGACCACAUUGGAGCAGAUCCUGAUCUGCUCUUUCUCAAAAAUAGAUCUGGCAGUGUGUUAUAAAAAGUCUGCAACCUCUCUGGACAAUUUAGUCCAGAUCUGGUGGGCCUUAGUGGGCUUAGAUCAGGUUGAGUGUGGUCUAUACUGAAAGAAAAAUCUGUAAAAUCCAACAAAAGAGUAAAGUUUUUACAGAGAUUAAAUUGGAUUUCUUAUUUUCAUUUCACUGUUUCUUUUAACAGGUACAUGUCAUGGAAAACCAACUAGUAGUGAAAUUUCCCAACCCCCCCUGAAUGU